CUGUUUUGAUGCAUGCUUUCUGUUUUGGAAGGUCUCUAAGGGGUUAAAGCCAAGGGCUGGCUCAUGCUCCCAUUGCCCAAUAGGUUUGAAGUGUGGCUCAGACAGACAGCAGAGGCUGUGGAGUGGGUGUAUCAGAGCAGGCUGAUCCUUCAGGCUUUGUUGAGGCAGGGAAGCCAUUUUGGGAUCUUGCAGCAGUGUGGAUUUAGAAAUUACUGUCAACUUGCAAACUUGUCCCUUGCCAGCCGCUUUGUGAUGGAAGAAUUUGGGAUAUAACCCCUGUGAUCCACCCCCUCUCUGAGGACAUGAACCACGCAGACCCUGGGAUCUGGAGACAUAGGUUUGCUUGUGAAUUUGGUCAUUCCCAUUCAGCGCUGUACUUGACAAGCUGUUCAGAUUCAUUCAGCAAGUUAUAUAUAGUUCAGUGUUCUCUCAUUGUUGCUAUGCUGGUGGUUUGAAUUUGCAAGAUUGUUCCUAUGUAAAAGCUGCAGUGCUGCUCUUUUUAUAUUGGUAUAGAGGCCCAAGCACAUUAACGAGGAGUAAACACACAAUGUGCUUUAAAGUAACAGGCGUAAUUUCUGGUGACAGCCCCUGUAUGUGUUAGCAUGCAAAUGUCAAAAGUGCAUGUCCUGCAAAGUGCUAAUAAUCCUUCUAGGAACCGGAGAGAUACAAACUCUCCAGUGUGUCAUUAGAAUACGUACACGUUAUGUUUUCCCUUUAAUUACAUGUUAAUGGACGCUGUAGAACUUUUUGAUGGAAUGGUGAGAAGAGUACGAAUGUAUUAAACAUGUCUCCCUAUAAUAUCUUUGACAGCAAGCUUGUCUGAGCAGGGUCUUCGUAACCUUGGUUCACUAAACUGUUUUGUUUAUUUUUAAUUCAUUUUUAAAAUGUCCCCUUUCAUCUGUACUGUAGUAUAUGUAGGUGCUAUGUUUUGAACUAUUGAAUUUUAGCGUGAAUUGUAUUAUUUUUGUUACAUUCCUCUAAUAGAUUCCUCACACAUUGGCAUUUAUUUGCUAAACGUGUAGUGGAGAAUUGAAAACAAAUUGCAAGAUCUAGGCUUAAAUAGCAUUGCUGUAACUAGUUGGAGAUUUUAUUUUUUAUUUCCAAACUGGCAAUUUGUUUUUAAACUUUACAGUCUAUUUAAUUUACUACCAUUCACUGCUUGGUGAAUAAUCCCCAUAGAGUAAAGUUAGUGACACAAUUUAAAGAAGGAACAGAUGCUGUAAAUUUUGAGAGCUCUGCCCCCUCAAGGUUUUGUCCAAGUGUAAACAAAAUGCUUGUUUACACGUGUUUACCCAAACACUGGUUUUGCCCUUUCCCCUGCACAUCUGGCUUCAACUUUCCUUUAACCCUUUUACUGCUCACCCAUGCAGUGUUGAAAGGCUUAAUCACAUUUUGGGAAUUGGAUUCUCACGGCCAAAGCAGUAGUCUAUUGUAAUGUUAAUAGGAGAUACUAUUUUAGACAUACCGUGGGCUAUUCCUCAGGCCUGGAAGGCCCCAACUAGGAUAACCUUUUUUAUUUAUUUAUUUAUUUUUUUACACAGAAGCAACAGUGUGGGAAUUUUCAGGAACAUGUUCUAGUAGUUGUGGUUAAGCAUUAGGUUUUGACAGUGUCUGUAAAGCAGUUAGUUGCCUUUUCUAUGGGACAGAAGCAUUUUGCAGUUGUGUGCCUGCGGCAGCAAACAGAGCCAGCUCCAGUAAUCUUCUCUGUACAGAAGUCAUCUGCUGUGAGCAACAAUUUUCCUGGCCUAUGCUCCAACUGGAUUUGGACACUAAGAAGCUGGUCUUAAUUGUGUAAAUCUCACACUCCUAGUAACCCAUCCACUGCCUGCAUUGUAAAAGACUUAAAGUUUAUCCUGACCAGCAGCAGCAUUAAUGGGAAGACAUGCAUUAUUGGUGUGUAUUUGCUGUGGCAGGGGGGUGGCUUCUGCUUGGGAUGUGCAGUACUGUGCACAUAUCUCGUGGGAGAAACGCUGAGUUGCAUUAUAUUGCUGUAGAUAACAAAUACCAUUUAUUGUAGCUUCUACUUGCUUCCAGUGUCUAUUUAAAUGGUUUUUGUUCAUUUUUAUUUCUAUACAACUUAGUGCUGGAAAUUAUAGUAUACACAAUUUAUUGCAUAGCUAUGGUGACCAACAGGUACCUUAGCAGAUGAUCUUGAAUCUACACAUCAGUUGGACCAUAAUAAAUUAUCUGAGCAUAAUGGGGUAGUAUGGCCAGACUCAGUCUAACUACUGAUGCCCAUAUAAAAUAUACACUAACUUUACUAAAGUUUUGCUUUAUCGGUGGCCUUUCUUAAAGGGACACUAUAUGGUCACCAGAACUACAGCUUAUUGAAUUUGUUCUGGUGAGUAGAAUCCUUAUCUGCAUGCUUUUUGCUGUAAACACUGCCUUUUCAGAGAGAAAGCAGUGUUUACAUUACACCCUAGUGAAAACUUCACUGGCCACUCCUCAGAUGGCUGUUAGGGAUCCGCCUAAAAUGCAUCCAAACAUUCAGUAUCUCCUCCCUCUGCAUGCAGACACUGAACUUUCCUCAGAUUCAUUGAUUCAAUUCAUCUGUAUGAGGAGAUGCUGAUUGGCGAGGGCUGUUUUGAAUUGUGCUGGCUCUGCCCUUGAUCUGCCUCUUUGUCAGUCUCAGCCAAUCCUAUGGGUAAGCAUUGUGAUUGGAUCAGGCUACUACUUCUGAUGUCAGCAGACAGCCUAUUCUGAGGCAAACAGUAUGCAGAGCUACAGCUUCAGGCUUGAAUACAAGUAAGACUUUGCUAUAUUUUUGGAGGCAUGACAGGCCCAGGGGGGCUAGAUGGUAGUUUUAACACUAUAUGGUUAGGAAUACAUGUUUGUCUUCCUGACCAUAUAGUGAUCCUUUAAUUCUUCAGUCUCUCAGCCUUGGGAGUCCUAGAAUAAGAGUCAGGUAUGAAUAUCAAAGUAUUUAAAAACAAAAAAACAACAACAAAGCUUUCACCAGUUUUCAAUUAUGCUCCCAGAUUAAGAUGAUUACCCAAGUUAAUGAUGCUCAUUUUUGUAACCAUGGAAGGAUGAAAGGCUGACUUUUUUUGAUUCCUGCUGGGAAUCAAACCUGUGAAUGUACUUUACAUUCAAAGAUUUACCCACUGUACUGUCUGUAUAGACCCAUGGGCUACCAAAAUAAUGCAAUAAGCAUCCACCACCAAAUGCUACAUAGGGUCUUCAGAUGCUUCUCAGAAAAUGUGAAAUCUUUAAUUUAAUCUGUGAAGUAGUAUGUAGAAUUUAUGCUCAAGAGGUUUACCUGCCUCUCAUUUUCUUCAUGAUGGAGUCACAUUACUUAUAUUUGUGAGGUUUUAUUUUUUUGAAAUCUUUUCGAUCUGAGCCUUGCACAUACAGAUUAAAGAAAGUAUUUUGCAUGUAUGUGUUUUGGUGGCUGAAGAGAUUACUUUUCUGACUAAUUUUACAUUAAUUAUGCAGUGCAUUAUCUUAAGCAGCUUUUGAAUAGAUUUCACAUUAGAUUAGGGAUUUGCGCAACCUGUUGGCUUCGUUUUAAAUUAAUCUGCAGACUUCUCUAAUGUGGUAAAGCUCUGCUUGCUCCUCUGACAGAGUGGAUGAAUGAAGCAAACUAUUACUCUUGUUCUUUAGAUAUUUGUAUAAAAGUGUGAAUAUUAGGCUAAUUUUUCUGAUUUUCUUUGUUUGAAAUUUUUUUUAAAAUUAAAAUGUAUUCUGGAUGUUUUUCAUUAUAGUAGUUUGUGGAAGCUAUAAGCUAUUGCAUGAACCUUCAAUGUCUUAAAGGGUUACUCAAACCACCAUAACCACUUCUGCUUUUUGAAGUGGUCAUGGUGGUAGGAGUCUGGAUGUGCGGUGUUUCAGCUUGAAAUAUUGCACAUAUAGACAUAUUAGGAAUUGUGUGAUGGGUGCAAGUAUUACCCCCCCACCCCCCCCAGCACACGUGACUUAGGCAGCCAUGAACUUUGUUCCCCCUCCCCUGUUUUAGAGCUCGUGCAUGCGCCUUGCAUCUGUAAAAUGGUUGUCAAAGGUUUUUCUAUAAAAAGGAUGCUGUGCCUGGUGCUUAAUUUAAGUUUACUUUUAAAUAUGUAGUGGGAAAUCUAUAGAAUAAUGCCAAUAUGCAAUUAUUCUAUCAGUGAAAAGGGGUUGUAGAAACCCUUUCAGCAAAUUAAGUGAGACUACUGCCCUGUUUCUUUAUAAUACUGUAAUUGCAUAAAAAUUUAGUUUGUUUUACUGCUAGCUAAUCAGUAGCUCAGCUUUUGCCUUAGAUUAGAAUUGGUCAAAAGGUAGACCUCUCCAAGCUGGAAAAUCAUCUUAAUCAGGAGUACUGUAGUGGUACAACACCAGGAGGUCCACCAUCUUGUCACCUUAGCCUUGGGUUAUUUUGUUAGUGUUUAGAACACUGCAUUCUGACUGCUGUCACAUAAUAUUUCAAAAUAUCCGCAUCGUUGCCCUUUCAGUAUCUAAAGGGAUAAAUGUCUUCGAAAUGCUUCAUCCACAAAUAGUUACUGAUGUCAGUAUUAUAAGAACAAGGGAAAUAUAAGCGCAUCACGUAAAACAGGUCCAAUGUGCACUUAUAGUUACAUGCAAAUCACUGGUCCUAACUUUUCCUGGAAGAAGCGGUUGGUAUCUGUCCAAGAAACAGUAUUUCAUUGUAGACUAUCCCUGUGAAAGCAAAUUAAAUGCAUAAAAACGCUACAGGCACAGACAGCGGUUAAUAACGAGAAAUUAAGUGUAGAGCUUGCCCCAACUCUAUUCCAAAGAUGUAUAUAACAUACUGAUUACUUUAUUAUUCAGUUGUUCUAAAAGUCUCACCCUCGUUCUAAAGUGGUACAUAAACACACAGCAACAGUGCCAAUAUUGUUUCGCUCUUAUAGUGAAAAUAUGUCCUUUGAAACAAAGGCUUAAACAAUUGGAGAACAAACUAUUGGUUAUCCAUUUAAUCACACAGGGAAAUUUUAUUCAAAAUGAUUAAAGGCCAAGAAGUCCUGGCUCUUCAAGUGCAACCAUUAUGCAAAAAUGACACAGUGCUGUUUACUCAAUAAUAUUUAGCCCAUAGGCUGUAGUAGCCAAAUGGCUUAAAGGACCACUAUAGUGCCCUGAGGGUGCCCCUCCCGCCCGGCUCUGGGGAGAGGAAAGGGUUAAAACUUUUUUUUCCAGCGCCGGGCGGGGAGCUCUCCUCCUCCUCUCCACCUCCUCUCCUCCCUUUCGGCUGAAUGCGCACGCGCAGCAAGAGCUGCGCUUGCAUUCAGCCAGUCUCAUAGGAAAGCAUUUAUAAUGCUUUCCUAUGGAUGCUUGCGCCUUCUCACUCUGAUUUCCAAGCGCCUCUAGCGGCUGUCAAUGAGACAGCCACUAGAGGAUUUGGAGGCUGGAUUAACCCAUUAAUAAACAUAUCAGUUUCUCUGAAACUGCUAUGUUUAUAAUAAAAAGGGUUAAUCCUAGAGGGACCUGGCACCCAGACCACUUCAUUAAGCUGAAGUUGUCUGGGUGCCUAGAGCAGUUCUUUAAUCUAAUUGAAAUGGUUAUAGUUGUCCUUCUGUUCAGUAUUAAACCAUUUUUAAUGGUAAACCAGUCUCCUCCGCAGCCCGUUGUCACUCUGUGCUGCCAUGAACUAUUAGCCUGAGCAGCAAUUGUUGGUGUUAAUUGGCCUGAGAGUGUCAGCUGACAGCUUUCAGCCUAUCACCACCAACUAAUGAUGACAUAAUUUGGCCAGGCUAAUGAAGUGUAAUCUUUGCUUUAGCUCUAAUGGAUGGCCUCUGGAAGGCCAGGGACCCUCAUUCAGUUCAAAAAUGGUUUAACACUGAAGGGAAAGAAAGGACAAUGCCAGGGGACUUCAGACACUAGCUACUUUAAUUAGAUGAAAUGGGUAUAAUGUCAACAUUGUCCUUUUUAAAGUGGUAUAAUUGCCUCCAGCCAUGAAUGUGUUACUUUAGGAGUUACUUGCCCCCCUGAUGUCAGUGUGCUGGCUAAGCAGUUGAACUGUCUUUAGUGUGGUGCUGUGAUUUGUGGGGUCUUGCAAAAAAAAACUAACCCCGUUAAGGGCACAUGACGGAAGUUUUAAAUCAUGCUGACCUUGUACUUCUGAAGCGGUGUUCUUAAUGUAUUAAGGCAAUCUAUAUGCUUGAGUGGUGGUGAAGGUGGCAAAUGUGUGAACAGUUAGGAUAUACUUAGUUUAAUUUCUUCCUUCUUGGCCCUACUAUCUCCACAUCACCAUAUUUCAUAUAGUCCUCACUUCAAGUAAAAUGGCAGAAACUCAGCCCAUUAGCAAAUAAUGGCAAUUACAUAAGACCAUAUAGUCCUUGUCUCCAUUAUAUAUUUUGAAGUUAUUGGAUUUGAAAGUCCAACACAGUCAAAAAAGCCUUUUUCUUUUUUCAAUCUUCCAUUUGUGACAAGCUCAAAAGUGACAGCGCUCCUGUAAGAGAAAAUUGUGUAACAUUGAUAUACAACACAGUAUUGGAUAUUGGUCACCAAAAAAAUCCCACAUUACGCUCACUUAGAAUAUAAGAAGAAUCUGGGGAAGUUUCUUUUUCAUGGCAUGUGGGUUUCUGCUCAUAAAAACUCUCUCCUGUUCUAGUGUUGGCAAGUAGUGAAGUAAAAUGUUAUCAAAGACAAAACAAACCUGAGUAUAGCUUUGAUUUCAGUUUUUUUGUUUUGUUUUCCCUCUGCCACACCCAUAUACACCCUAAAACACAAUUUCUUGGAGCAGUAAAAGGCAGAGCAUGCAAGUCCCAUAAAAUGUGAGUGUGUUUGAACUUUAAACAUUCCUGUGCUAUUUUAUGUAAAGGAACACUCCAAAGGAAUUUUUUUAUUUUUUUUUAUUCUUUGGUCUAUCUUCACUGAAAUCGUGCAUGCAUUUAAUUAUUUAGUAGGGAAUUUUGUUUAAAUUUUUCUAUUAAACACCAAAAACCCAGCAAAAGUUAAUAUUUUGCUGUCCCCUUAACUGGGGGAACAAACUGUUUCCCUUGGGCACUGAUCUCACUACAUUGAGCCCAUAUUGCUUAGCAUGCUUCCCAGUUGAUUAGGUGUGAUUAAACUAUAGGAUCAGGAAUACAUGGUUAAAAAGCCCUCUAACCCCCAACCCCCAUGCCUCACUAAAUAUAGUAAAAUCUUACUUGCAUUUCAGUCUGCUGCUGCUGCCUGUGCCCCUAAACUGACUGUUUGGUUGACAUCAGAUGUGUUAAACAAAAGCCAAUCACAAUGCUUUCCCAUAGGAUUGGCUGAGAUUGUCAAGAAGGCAUUCAAUCAAUGCAUCCCUAUGAGGAAAGUUCAGUGUCUCCAUGCAGAGGGUGGACACACUGGGCAGGACUGCCCCGGGAAGCACCUCUAAUACCCAUAUGAGGAGUGGCCAGUGGAGGUAUCUCUUGGCUGUAAUGUAAACAAUGCAUUUUCUCUGAAAAGACAGUGUUUACUGCAUAAAUCCUUGGCUGACCUCAGAAGUGUUGAACAAAAGCCAAUCACAAUGCUUUCCCAUAGGAUUGGCUGAGACUGUGAAGGAGGCAUUGAAUAAAUGCAUCUCUAAGAGGAAAGUUCAGUGUCUCCAUGCAGAGGGCAGCACUGCCCCAGGAAGCACCUCUACUAGCCAUAUGAGUGGCCAGUGGAGUUAUCCCUAGGCUGUAAUGUAAACACUUUCUCUGAAGAGACAGUGUUUACAGCAAAAAGACUGAAGGGAAUGAUUAUACUCACCAGAACAAAUACAAUAAGCUGUAGUAGUUCUGAUGACACGAAUGUCCCUUUAAGCUAUGAUGGUACAUUUUGGAUAAACUUGUUUAACUUUCAAUUACUUCUAAAGUUACAAUGUAAUAUUUGUCUUCCUAUUGUGAAAUUCUCUCUAGCAUAUAAAUGAGUCCUUCUGCAGUAGAAUGUUAUCGUAAUACACCAUUUGCAUAUUCACUGUGGAGAAAAGAAUUGUGCUCAGUAGUUUUCCUUGUUUUCUGUUAAAUAGAACUUGGAACAAAGUUAUAUAUAAAAGCAGGAGGAUAUUUAAGCAGCAUCUUGAUGAGUCAGAAUCUGCAUUAGGAAGGGUGUGUCAUUUUACUGAGGGGGAACUGUUUGAACAGAAUAUUUUGCGUUAAUAUCCAUUGGUUUAGCAUGAAGAAAAUCUUUUCAAACUCCAGAAAAGUGAGUGAAAAUUUCAGUUGCUUAUUCUUGGACAUAUGUGCUGGACAUCAGCACAUAUGCAUUGUUGAUUCUGAUGGGGAAAAAAUGUGUAUAUAACUGCAUAUGGAGCAUGCACUGCAGCUUUUAAAUAACCAGCAUACUUAGUCUAUUUAGAGAAGGAUUGGAUUUUUUGGACCCUUAUGUUUUCAUUCUGCCUGCGUAACCUUCUUGUGAUUUGCACUUUUGCUUGUUACAGUAUGAUCUGACUUGAUAAGAAUGGAUUACUCUCAUCUUCACACAUAUGCUCCUCCCCAGUGUCUGCCAGAGAACACUGGGUACACCUAUGCUCUAAGGUGAGACAUGAAGCUUCAAAUUGUACCUUGCAGUGUGUUCCUAAAAUGUGUUAAGUGUUUUGCAGUGUGCGUACUUUUUUUUUUGUUGUUGCAUGACCUGGUGAUGGGGUUCUUAAAUCCAAAAAUGAGCUCCUUUCUUUACGUACUAAAAAUAUGAAUCUACUACAGUAUAGGUAAGAUUGUAGCUGUCAGUAUGAUGACUGUAAAUGCUAGUUCUUUGUAUGUGUUUGACUUUUUUUGGUUCUAAUUUUGUGUCUGUAAGAUUUGUAGGUGUAUGAUUUUAUGACUUUUUUUGUGUAGAUGUUUAGAAGUUACACACAGGUUUAUUCCUAUGAAGAGUCAGACUGACUGCAAGUCCUUCUUACAUAGUCAGUGUCUGUCGUUGAUGAGUCAGAUGUUCACUAUUUAUUGGAAACUCAGUUACUACGUCCCCACCCAGCGAUAGUAUGUAAAGCACAAACAAUAUUUCGUUAAGGGAAAAGUGUUUUUAGUCAAGCAAUUUUUCUUAAGUUGGAGCUUUUUGAUUUUUUUUUUUUUAACCCUAACCUGCAAUUUUGCUGUAAAAUUGACUAUAGUUCAUAGUGUACUUCUUAUGAAUUUUCCAGAAGUCUGUUUGAGGAUUAGGGAUGAUCAGUGAACUUAUGAAAAGCUGUCCACAUGCCUGCAAUUCCAGUCUUAGUUGUAGGAUUUUUGAAUUGUAAAUUGUUUCAACCAAUCAUAAACGUGCCUUAAAAACUAGUAUUACCUGUUCCACAAACCAGAGAAGUAUUCGCUGCAUAUUGUGGAACUGCACAAAUUUCACUUUGACUUUAGUAAAAGCUGAAUUUGUGACCGCAAAUUUGUCCAAACUUUUCAGGUCUGUUUGGUUCCUUCAACUUGUCUGUAAUUUUGUUAUAUUGACCAACAAUUGAACGGAGGUGGUUUGAGAAGUGUCUUCCAAACAAAUACUGUAGCGGACCCUUGGUAACCAGACUGGUUACCUCCACUAAUCUCUCAGUGCAACAAGUACAGACAACAGGACACAUCAUAUAUAUUAGGGAAACUUAGGGGGCUUUGCGCCCCAGGAAGAGAAUGGGGGGCACAUGAAACACAUCCAUGGCUAGCACUGGGUCCCAGCUAGGACCACUGCAGUUGGCCGGGCUAUCGGAUGUACAGAGCCUGAGAAAUAAUCGUAUAAAGUCUGUGGCUCGAGGCUCUGUACAUCCCCGCAGUUAGUUCCACAGGGCUGCUUCGUUUAGUCAGGUAAAUUCAAACUUCGCUCCUUAACCAUGCAACGACCAAUCCGAAGAAAGGGAGUGAAACCAAAUUGCGCCAACCAGCGUUCGGGGAGGGGUUUCGCUGGCCAAUCAGGAGAAAGGGCGUAAAACUAGUUUGAAUGGUAGCCCUUCUCCAAUUGGCUGGCGCGGACUUCAAGAUGGCCAGCUAGACUCUGCGGCUGUGAGGCCGGCUCACAGUUCCAGGGAUUCUCUGCUUGGCUCGCCUCUCUCUCCAGUGGAUAUCUCCAUGCAGGUCUUUUAGGACUAGUUAGGGCAAUCCGAACUGCCAGUACCCCAAAAGUGUCCCCACCAAGCUCAGGGACCCGUUCGUGGAGUCCCGGUGCGAAGACCCGGCAAGGUGAGCGUCUCCUUUCGGGAUACGAAUGGUACCCCUGGGUGGCGUUCUUCUAUACAAAAUGGCGGCCACCCAAAGGAGCACUCAUUAAUUACUUCCCAUGCAGUUUCACACUUAUGCUGCAGGUGAAAACGUUCUGAUUGGUGUGAACAUUCUAAUGGAGUACCAUUCACCGUUCAUAUGAGCGCUCUCGAAAAGGGGAAACAAGGUACAGCACAUGAAACACACAGAGAACUAGGGGAAACACACAAAUAAGCAGUGGGCACACGUGGAUAUGGCACUCAGUGACGGUGUUCCGUCACACAUCUCCCGCUUGUCCACUUCUGACCGCCACAGUAUGACCCACAUGGUCAGCUCGCCACUGUCUGGAGUGUACACAUAGUGAGUGCCAUACCCGCAACAGUACUUGUCCUCAGCCAGCUUCUACACUGCUUGGGUCUGGCCGGCUUUGCACCCUCCUAUUUACAGGGUACCUUAGACAUAAGGCGUCAUUAGCCAGGGAGGCCGCCCAGCCCAGGCGCUGGUACACAGGGGUCUCUGAGCCCCCCCCCCAAGCAAGCGUGCCCUCCCGGCCAUUCCAUCACCUGUGUCUCUGUAGUUUUCCCACCUGCCUGUGGAUGAUGGGAGUUGUGCUGAGCCAGUCGCGGCGCUUCUUUCUGAGAAACGCUGAGCUUGUGGCUGGCCUCUUGGAAGGAGAUCCAGCUGUGCUCUCACCCUGGAUCUUACUCAGCUGCUGGGGGGGCGAGACGGUUGUCUCCACUCCCUGGCCCUCAUACUACCACUGGGGAACGAGACCGGUUGUCUCCGAUCCCGAGACUUCACACUGCCGCUGUGGAACGAGACCAGUUGUCUCUCUUCUCUGGACCUUACACUGUUGCUGGGGAGGAAGGACUGAACACUUCUACCCCUGGACAGCACUCUGCUAUUGGGGAGUGAGACCGGUUGUCUCCACUCCCAAUAGCUCACUCUGCCACUGGGGAGCGAGACCGGUUGUCGAACCACCAGUACUCAAAAAGUGUCCCCACCAACCUCACUGACCCUUUCGUGGAGUCCCGGUGCCAAGACCCCGCAAGGGAAGAGUCUCCUUUUGGGAUACAAAUCCUCCCCGUGGGUGGCGUUCAUCUAUACGAAAUGGCGGCCACUCAGGGGAGCACUCAUUAAUUACUUCCCUUGCAGUUUCGCACUUAUGUAGCAGGUGCGAACGUUCUGAUUGAUUGGGGUGAACAUUCUAAUGGGGUACUGAGGUGGUCCUCAUUCGGGAGACGAACAGGUUCCAUUUGUAUGAGCGCUCCUGAACAGGGAAACAAGGUACAGAACACUUGGAACAAUGGGGGAAACACGAAUAAGCAGUGGGUACAUGUGGAUAUGGCACUCAGUGAUGGCGUUAAAAUAUUUUCACAGGAGCUGAAUUUCAAAUAUGUAGAAUUUGGUUGGUAUAAGGAACAAAUGUCUGACGAUAUCUACCCACAACUAUUUGCUCAGAGUAAAAUUGUAAGGCUGCUCUGCCUCACGCUAUCUCACUUUAUAGAAUAGCCUUGGAUUUCCUUUUAUAUUUCCUUUUCCACCCAGCAGACUGCUGUGUGUUUAUAUGUUUUAGUUUUUCUAAAAGACCUUGAGUGAUGACUAUCUCCUAAACCUUGGUUAUAUGCAGUGCAGUCGAGCACCUGGCGAGAAAGACAUGAAGCAGGAGUGCUAAGCUUACAAACUGUGUGUGUAUAUAUGUCUAUCUCACACAGGCGCACUUCUUAAAGCAUAAGUAGCCUUCAAAUUGAUGCUGAAUUUAUUGAGAUUUGUAACUUUUUUUAAUUUGGAUUAGUUUUGUCCAGAUAAGAUUUUAUUUCUUCUCCCAUUUCGGAUAUUUUAUCUGAACCUUAUGAUAUGGUGCUGUGAAAUCUUGAUUUCUGUAAAUAUAUCGCUAGGAUUCUCUUAAUGAAUCCCACUGUUCAAACUGUUUAAUAAAUAAUGUGUGUUGCCAGGAUGUUUUCCUGGACAUAUACUUGUUCAUGCUUGUGAGCAUUUUCGAGAAGUGUCAAAUGAUGUGCUGCAGGUGGGAUAUCAGUUAAUAUUCCUUUGUGAUCACUCCUGGACCUAAUUCUUUACUGCACGAUCUGAACUACAUGUACUUCAUAUGUUAUCUAGCAGGAUUAUGAAGUGUAUGUAUUCAAAAACACUUGAGCAUAGCAACCCUAAACUUGCAUAUUAACAUUACUCCAACUGGGAGUCUCUAGCAUAAUGUAGAACAUUUUAAAUUUUAUUUCUAGGUGAAAUUCUGUCAGAUGGUUGGAAGCCUUAACGAAAUUACUUGAGGGCUGAACUUGUCAUUGAGGCUAAUUAUCCAUCUUUUUGUGUUUUGUAUAGCUGCUGUGAGGAUUCAAACUGUAUCCUUCUUACCCACCUUUCAGCAGUUUAUUACUGCAUUUAGAAAAUAGAAAACUUGUAGAUUAAAAAAAAUAAUAAAAAAAUUAAAAUAUAUAUAUAUUUUUUUGUUAAAUUCUUUAUUUUGAGCGUGAAUGGAAUAACAAAACAUCGUACGAUGCCACAACAGCAUGAGUGUGUAUGGAUAGCACAGAAGGUCACAUAUGUGGCUCAGAGGUGACGGCACAUUUUAAAAUAUUACGAAAGACAAAACUGUUUAGUUACAGUAGCGUAACUUUAUCGUGGAGUACAAGCCUAUGCAGGCUAAAUUAGCUGGUAUUUGAGUUAGGCAAAAUAGUGAGAUUAAAUUCAGACAAUUCAACGUGUGCUCUGGCUUUAACUUUGAGUACAGGUUUAAGCAUGUUAAAUUAGCUGGCUUUGAGUUACAUAAAAUCAUGAGUACAUUCAAACCAUAAAUUCAACAUGUGCUCUGGCUUUAACCUUGAGUACAAUCUUAAGCAUGCUAAAUUAGCUGGCAUUUGAGUUAGGUAAAAUCAUGAGAUUAAAUUCAGACAAUUCCACUUGUGCUCUGGCUUUAACUUUGAGUACAAGCUUAAGCAUGCUAAAUUAUCUGGCUUUGAGUUACACAAAAUCAUGAAUACAUUCUUUCAAUAAAUUCGAGUGCUCUGGCUUUAACUUUUGGUACAAGCUUAAGUGUGUUAAAUUAGCAGGCAAUGGGUUAAACAAAAAUCAUGAGUACCUUCCAACCCUAAGUUCAACGUGUGCUCUGAGUAUGUGUGGUCUUCCGUGUGUUAGUGUCCCCUUGGGUUCCCCUGAGUGGUGUGUACCCCGUCAGGUAGUCGGUUCAGUGGGUGUGGGUGAAUGAGCCUGGCUAUUGUUAUGCUGGCGCAAUAGUGUAUGUAGAGCUAUGCAAUGAGGCAAGAUAUUAAUAUUAACAAGAUGUGCAGCAUACAGCUAGGCUGGAGCUCAAACUAGACUAGCGGUUCCUAGAUUAUAGUGGUGAUGAAGGUAAAAUAUGGUAUAACCUUGGGAGGUAUCGUCAGGAAAGAGGCAGCCCUUUUUUUUUUGGUAAGUCCCAAGCCCUUAAUAUUCUUUUUUAACCCCUUAAGGACUGGACUGUUUUUGCGAUGUUGUACAUUUGCGACCAUAUGAUAUGCGUACAUUUUGCAUAUUUUUACACUUUUGUGGUGUUUGUGUUUGGCUGUAAUUUUCCGCUUUCUCAUUUACUGUUCCCAUACAAAUUAUAUAUUGUUUUUUUCAGGACAAAAGGGGCUUUCUUUACAUACCAUUAUUUAUAUAAUCUCAUGUAUUUUAAUUUAAAAAAAAUAAAAAAAAUGAUGAAAAAUUGAAAAAAAUACAUGUUUUUUGACUUUUACUUGAAAAAUCUUUUACUCAUCUACAAAAGCGAAUGAAAAAAACUGCUAAAUAGAUUCAAAAUUUUGUCCUGAGUUUAAAAAUACCCAGUGUUUACGUGCUUUUUUGCUUUUUUUUGCAUGUUAUAGGGCUAUAGGUACAAGUAGGAUAUUGCGGUUUCAAAACAUACAUUUUUAAAAUUUAUCAAUAGUGACAUUGUAACACUAUUAUCUGUCAUAAAUCUCUGAAUAACACCCCACAUGUACAUAUUUUUUUUAAAGUAGACAACCCAGGGUAUUCAAUAUGGGGUAUGUCCAGUCUUUUUUAGUAGCCACUUAGUCGAAAACACUGGCCAAAGUAAGCAUUCAUAUUUGUUUGUGUGUGAAAAAAGUAAAAAAACUAAAUUGAACGCUAAUUUUGGCCAGUGUUUGUGACCAAGUGGUUACUAAAAAAGACUGGACAUACCCCAUUUGCAAUACCUUGGGUUGUCUUCUUUUGCAAAUGGUAUGCCAUCAUGGGGUAAUUCUCAUUCCUGGGCUACCAUACGCUCUCAAAGGCAACGUAACCAACCUGGCCAUUUUCAAUGUAAAAAUAUUUGACCCAUAUAUUUGACCUUGUAACUUUCAAAAAUGCUAUAAAACCUGUACAUGGGGGGUACUGUUUUACUCGGGAGACAUUGAACACAAAUAUUAGUGUUUAAAAAAAACGUAUCACAACAAUUAUAUCAUCAGUAAAAGUGCUGUUUGUGUGUGAAAAAUGCAAAAAAAGUAACUUUCACUGACAAUAUCAUCGCUGUGAUAUGUUUUACUGUUUUGAAUCACUAAUAUUUGUGUUCAGCGAAGUCUCCCGAGUAAAACAGUACCCCCCAUGUACAGGUUUUAGGGUGUCGUAGAACAUUACAGGGUAAAAUACAGUGCUAGCAAAUUAAAUUCUCUGGAAUUUCGGCCUGGGUUGGCAGGCAGGUCCCUCAAAUUGCAAUCAAUAAAAUUACUGAAUUAUGUAAAAAUAUUACAUAAAUACGCACGUAGAAUUUAAAUAUAUAUGCAUAUUUAUAUAUUUGAAGUCUACGUGUAUAUUUAUAUAAUUAUUUAUGUAAUUUUGUAUAUGGACAUAUGUAUAUUUCGUAUUUUUAUUUAUUUUAUAUACAUAGAUAUAUAUACAAAUUCAUUCUAAGUGUAUUUUGAUAUAAAUAUAUAUAUAUUAAUUUUAAAAUACAGUUAGAAUAAAAUUUCAUAUAGCUAUAUAAUUUUUUUAAAAUUUUUUAUUAUUUAAAAAUUUUUUAUUUAAUUUAAAUUACUUAUUAUUUAUAUUUUAUAAUAAUAUAUAUAUACAAUAUAUAUAGUUAUUAUAUAUAUUAUAUAUAUACGUGUGUAAUUUAAUUAUAAGUGUAUUUUUAUAUUAAUAUAAGUACAUAUUAAUAUAAAAAUACACUUAGUAUGGCAUUAUAUAUGAUAUAUAGACAUAUAUUAUAUAGAUAUAAUAUAUGUCUAUAUAUCAUAUAUACACAUAUAUAAUUAUUAUUUUUUUAAUUAACACUAACUUUAUUUUUUUUCUGAUUUUACACUAGCAGGGAGACUGCCUGUCAGCACAGACAGUCCCCCUGCAGGCAGACACUAGGACACCUAUUGUGACCAUGUGAUCGCUGUGUUAAGUGAUCACAUGGCCACAGGGGUCCUAAUUCAGUGUGGGGAGACUGUCUGGGCUGCAGGCAGUCUCCCCACAACCGGAGCCACGCUGAUCGCCGCCGGGGGAACGACGGCGAUCAGGUAAGUAACGGAAACCGUUAGGACGGUUCAGGACCGUCAUCGGUCCGCAAUGGGAAAAUCCCGAUGACGGUCCUGAACCGUCCUGGGUCGGGAAGGGGUUAAAGUAUUCAUGACAACUUUUUUUACAAUUCUAUUCUUACAUGGCAUAUAUUCAUAGUAUGGAUAGCAAAUGGGGGGGAGAGGAGUUAAAUAUCAAGUGUUUUGAUAUAAGAAAUUGCUUUACAAGUUCUUUACAACAGGCGUUUGCUUUCAUCUGAUAUCAGUGGAAAUUACUGUGGCAAGCUUGAAGUAUGAGUUGCUUGAUUUCCUUUUUGUAUGCUGCAGGAAAUCCAGUAAUCCACAAAUGACUAGAAAGAGCAAAGGGUCUUAUUCACGAUAUAUAUAUAUCGAUCAAUAGAACCAUAAAAGAAAAUUCUUGAAGGCAUUGCAAAUGUUAUGGAAUACAACAAAGAGUGAUUUUAUUUGUGGAGGAAUGAUAGCACCUUCUUGGCAUUAAAGACUUCCAUCCAGACUGGCUGGUCAAGUACUUAGCCCAUGAGAGAUGCUCACAGCAACUUUAAAGGACCUGGGUGCCAGGUCCAGCUAGGAUUAACCCUUUUUUCUGUAAACAUAGCAGUUUCAGAGAAUCUGCUAUUUUUACAUAUGGGUUAAUCCAGCAUUUAGUGGCUCUCAUUGACAGCCGCUAGAGGGCUUCCGCGCUUCUCACUGUGAUUUUCACAGUGAGAAGACUCCAGCGAGAAGACGCCAGCGUCCAUAGGAACGCCUGUGAGAAGACGCCAGCGUCCAUAGGAACUUGAUAAUGCUUUCCUAUGGACUGGCUGCAUGCGCGGCUCAUGCCGCACAUGCGCAUUCAGCCGGUGACGGGAGGAGGAGAGCUCCCCGCCCGGCGCUGGAGAAAGAGGUAAGUUUAACCCCUUCCUCUCCAUCCAGCCCGGCGGGAGGGGGACCCUGAGGGUGGGGGCACCCGCAGGGCACUAUAGUGCCAGGAAACGGAGUAUGUUUUCCUGGCACUAUAGUGGUCCUUUAAAGGGGCUUGAAGAACUUCUAGCUAUACCUAGCCAGUCCUUGUGAAAUUGUCAUUUUGAAUAUACUCUACGAAUCUGAGGCUGCAGUAGAAUGUCUUCUGAUCUUGAGAGAUCAGAUGAGAAAGGUUUAGCCUUCUUUCAAAAAGAUUUUUGGCACAAAGCCACAAAAACUUAUCAUGCAAACAUUGUUUUUUUUUUCAGCGUUCUGACAAGUCAAACUGACAUUGUUUUGCGUUUUAAUUUUCAAUUGAUUUUGCAUAUUCUCGCUAAAAGGAAAGUUAUAGGCUAGUUUCCUUCACCCAGUGCAGAUCAAUAUUGUCACUUACCUGAAUCCAAUGCUAAAGUCUCUUGGUGCUGGGUUGGGCUCCUCCAGACCUCGGAACUAAUGUGCAUGAGCGCAUUAGGACAGCCCCUAAGAAAGAAUUGUUGUAAUGCUUUCCUAUGGAGUUUUAGGUUACACUGGAUAACCUCCUGCAUAGCGGGAAGACAUUCAGCGUUAGGAGGCCAAAAGUCACUUAACGACCUGGAAGUCCCAGACAGCCACUAGAGGUGGAGUUAACACUGGUUAGUAAUUAUUGCAGAUUCUCAAUAACUGAAAUAAUUGCAAUUGCAUGGUUAAUGGCACCGGGACAGUGUGCCCGGACAACUUUAAUGAGCUGAAGUGGUCUGUGCCUAUAAUGUGACUUUAAAUAAUUUUAGUUUUCACCUUUGCUCUUCUCUUCAAUCUUCUGUCACGUUCCUUUCUUAUUAAAGGCAUUUUUCAAUAUCUGCCAUAAUUAUGGGGCCAGAAAUGUCCCUUUAAAAACCUGGUUAUUAUCUGUCAGCGACCUCUGAGAUACUCAUACGAAACGCAUGAGAUAGAGGGUCUAUGCUUUCCCUUCUGUAACUUUCUGAACAUUUAUUGAAGGAAGUAGUGCCAGGUUUUAUCCAUUUAACUGGAUUUAUUUAAAGAGAAACUAUAGUGCUAAUAAUACAAACUUGUGCCCCCCUCCCUCGCGGCCCCCACCGCAGCUCAGAAAGGGUUUAAAACAUACCUGAUUCAGCAUCUGCUACUCCUCCGCUGACUUCAGUUGACUUGAGGGGACCUAGUGCGCAUGUGAGGUGAACGCUGCAGUUGCAUUAUGUCCCCAUAGGAAAGCAUUGAAUCAAUGCUUUCCUUUGGGGUUUUAGCUUACGCUGGAUAUCCUCAGGCAAAGCGUGAGGACAUCAGCAUCAUUUAGCGGGCCAAAAGUCAGCGAAGGACCCGGAAGCACCUUGAGUGGGCUGUCUUGUAGAUUGCCACUAGAGGUGGAGUUAACCCUGCAAGGUAAUUAUUGCAGUUUCUCAAUCACUGCGAUAAUUACAAAUGCAGGGUUAAGGUGACAGGGAUGGUGCACCCAGACCACUUUAAUGAGAUGAAGUGACUAUAGUGUCCCUCUCAGGACUCUGUAGAGCAGGGUUUGCCAAAAGGCAAAUCUCCAGAGGUUUUAAAACUACAGCUUCCAUGAUACUUUGUCAUUCUAACAUUCGAAAGGAAUGCAAAGCAUCGGAGUUGUAGUUUUACACCAUCUGAGGAUCUACCUUUUGGGCACCCCUGCUGUAGGGUAUGCAUUUAAUUUGGCAGUAUUGAAGUUUGAAUAAAAGCACAUACAAUUCUUUAUAUAUAAUUACUUUUAUUUUUAACUGUGUUUGGGUAUGUGAUAUUGUGAACUCACUGUUAAUUGAAGAAUUUGUCUUCCCAGACAAAUUUCCUUCCAGCUGGUGAGAAACCUGUAAGACCUCCUUUUAUUGGUUGCUGGUGCCUUGACUUGUUUUACAUCCUGCUCACCUAGUUCCUGCUUUCCUCCUAAUCUGCUUGGCUAUACAUAAAACUGAAGGUACUACAGAGGAAGGAGCAUUCUGAAGUGUUGCAUCGUGGAUAUACAUUUCUCCUCUGUUUUAGAGUGGCAAUUAGGCAACUCAUCAGGCUUGUGGGCUCACCAUCCAGAAAACAAUAUAGGACACAAAUGUAGUUUUUGUGUAGUUAUAUUUCAUUACAGCCUUUGUUCCUGUAAGUAAAUGUAUCCUAACAGUUACUUCUAGCGCCCUUUGGAAUAGGCUGGUAGUUUAUGAAUGGGAUAGGAUGCGUCAAUGUAGUGCAUUUUAAUUGAAAACAAGCUGGUCUGCAAGAACCGUUAUCAGUUACACGCAGUACCAUUGAGAUCUUUUGGACUCAGAACAUGUUGUUGAGAAGGGCUUUUUGUUAAGCACUUACAGCUGUUUGCGAUUGAAUGGCAACUUGUGUGCUGGUGCACGUGUCGCACAUUUAGACACGAGGAAGCAGAUGUUUUGUUACAAAUAAAGUGUCUUGCUACACUGGAGCCAUUGAUUAGAUAAUGGGGGGUUUCAACUGGCACUAUGAGAGCUACAACUGCUAGCCCUUUGGUUUUAGAGAGGAAAUGUUUUUUUUUUUUUAUUUGGUCUGUGCACAGACAUAGUAUAUGUGUAUAUACUGUUCACUACAAAAUAACAAAAUGUAACACAUUUACUAAUAUUAUAAUUGACUAGCCACUUGGUGAUACUUGCACCUUGUGUUAUUGCAAUUUUUUGUAAUCUAGAAUACUAAACUUUAUUUGUUAAAAACUGCUAAUUUAAUGAAUAAUUAUAUUGAGCAAAAUAAAAUGCUACUGUACAAUAGGGAAACACAACAUAAUUAGACACGUAAGGAUAGAAAUGAUCACUGAUUACACAAAAACACUUCAAAUUCCAAAAGCGCUUUAUCUUCCUGAAGUGUUUAGAGGUUAAGAGCAUGUCUCUUUUGUCUUGUUUUAUUGAAAUGCUGAUUUAUUUUUCCUUGCUAAUAUCUCAUAUCUGUAAAGUGUCAAGAGGGUUGCCUUCCUAACUUGCUUUGAGCACCCAGUGGAAGUGAGGGCUUCUCAUAGCGAUGCACGGUUUUCCAAGCUUCUCUGAGAAGUAUUGCUGGUGGGUCACACUGCCACUUGUACUCCCUUUGUCCCAAAGCUAGUCUAUGCGUAACAUUGAAUUGGCUGUGAGAUCCCCACUAGUGGUGAUCUCCUGGAGCAGAGCUGGAUUAGAGGUAAGUAAAUCCUUAUUGGAGAUUGGUGCAUGAAUCUAACAUGAAACAGGAAUGUUCCAAGUUUAGAAAUGUAAAUUUCUAAUGCUUGAGUGUCCCUUUUAAAUAUCCUGCAUCUGUUGCAUGGAUGAAUGUUUACAAAAUGUUCUGGUUUAAGAAAUCCUGUACCAUAUAGAUCGGAGAUCUGUACAGAUGCACCUUUUGUCUAUGCUGCCGUUUUUCUUGUCUUCAAAUAAUGUCAUACAAAUAACUUAAUAGCUGAUUUUAAUUGUUUGUAGCUCAAGUUAUUCGUCAGCAGCCCUAGACUUUGAGACCUUCCAUAAGUUGGAUCCAGUUUUUGAUUCUCCAAGGAUGUCACGGCGAAGCCUGCGCUUGCUGACCACAGGUCAUGCCAGUGAUCUGCACAAUGACAGCAUCGCUUCCAAUGCAUCUUACUCUGGAAGUAUCUCAUCUGAGGGCACUUUUAAACGGUAAGUCAUGGGUUCGACUACAGGUAGUAUGUAGGGAUUGCCAAGAUGAUUUUAUUAAUUUCUGUUCACUGCAUUACAUUCAUGUAAUGUUUUUGGUUUAAAAUUUAGAAAAAGAGCACACCUAUAGGCACACCUUGCCUCAUAGUUUUAAUAUUUAGUGUAAGGAUGCCACAUUGUAGAAGUUUUCUUAAACAAUAUUUUGAAGAUAUUUUAAAAUUGAUUCCUCUUAUUUAACUCUGAGUGCCAGAAGUGUUCUUAAUGCAUAGCAAUUAAGCUCUGUUGCUUGAAUGGUUAACACUUACAGUGCCAUUCAUUUUCUAUUUGUGUUUACCUGGCAUCAAGCCUUACUUGCUGCAUAGAUUUAAAAAAUAAGUGCAAUAUGUAGUGAUAGUGUUAUUUUUAUUUGGUUCUCACAACACACAUGUGAAAGGUCUAUAUCAAACAGAAUGAAAAGAACCUUACAUUAGAUCAAAACAUUACAUUCUUUUUAAACCAUGUGUAGGUGGACAGAGGAAUAUAAUUGAACAGAGCUCUGUAUUUAGUGAAGUCCCACUUUAACAAUUGUUAUCAGUUACAUAUACAUUGUUGUGCUCUUUGCUUUUUUCAGUGUUUUCAUAUAGCAAGCAAAAUAGUUGGUAUGUAUAUGCCUUUGCAAUGUUAACAUUUCCAUAUAGGACCAAAUCUUCAUGAAAUCUAGUCCGACUUCAUCUGGGGUUGGUAGUGAUUUGCUCUUUUGGUUUUGUUUGAUCCUUAAAGGGACACUAAACUCACCAGAACUACAGCUUAAUGUAUUUGUUCUGGUGAGUAUAAUCAUUCAUUUCAGGCAUUUACAUUGCCCCCUAGGGAUAACUCAUGUGGCCACCCUCAGAUGUCCACUGGAGGUGCUUCCUGGGGAUGUGCUUUGCAUGGAGACGCUGAAUUUUCCCCGUAGAUACAUUGAUUCAAUGCAUCUCUGAGGAGGUGCUGAUUGGCCAAAAAGCAUUUGGCCCCACCCUGAUUACCCCUCAUUGCCGAUUUCAGCCAAUCCAAUGCUAUCCCUAUGUUUUAGUAAUUGAGAUCCCUAUGGAAAGCAUUGGAUUGACUAAACAUCUUACAUUUUGAUGUCACCAUGGAGGCUGAUCGGAGGUGGGGGCCAGUGCUGGAGGAUAUGUGCGGCGCUGGAAAUAAGGUGAGUUUUAAUCCCUUCUAAGAGGGCUAAGGAGGGGCAAGCUACCUGAAUGGUGGUUUUAACACUAUAGGGUCAAGAAUACAUGUAUGUGUUCCUGAUCCUAUAGUGUUCAUUUAAUGUCUCAAUCCUUAUCUUGUGAGCAGGUUGAUUCUAUAUGUAAAGGUUCACAGGUGUCUUUGAUCAAGGUUCUAGUCACACAUUAGUUGGUAUCCGGUAUCAUUUAGUUGUGCCUCUAUGACUACUGGUAUUCAUGUUGUUAUUUUUAAUAGACAACUUGUUUCAAUAUUGUGUCCUUUUGGAAGAGAACUAUCUGUCGUGCUUUUUCUUUGUCAAGGUCACUCAAGCAACAGCAUAUCCACAGCAGGCAGUCUUCAUCCGGCUCUCAUCAUUCGGCACAGAGGAAAUCUGGCUCCAAUUCCUCCUUCCUAAGUCAGAGCAGCUUUAGUACUGGUGGUGGUGGUGGUGAUACCACUGCAAUGUCAUCCAUAUUGGACGAAUCAUUAAUAAGAGAACAGACUGAAGUGGAUCAUUUGUGGGGUGAGUUGUGUAAUGCUUUAAAGGAACUGGUGAGUGAGGAGAAAAUUUUGAGGGAAUAGAAGAAAAAAAACCUCUAUUGCCCCUUUUUAAUAUAUUUUAUCUUGGUUUUUCCUUUUUUUUUUUUUGUACACAUUGUCACUUUUAAAAGUACAAAAAUAUAAACAUAGUAAUUCAACAUUGUAUAGAUAUAAUCAUCGCAACUUCACACAUUUUCACAGAUUUUACGCAUUAUCAGUAACAUUGGUGUAUAUCUUUGAUAUUUUCCACAGUUAGUUGGGCACAGAGAUGUGUGUUUCGAGUAGUAUUCUCUCUAGCCUGUUAUGCGUAUGUAACUUAACUAUUGGGGCUGAAAAAAAUGGCCGUAGUUCUGUCCUUGCUGUUACAUCCUAUCACCUCUUCCUGCCCCUCCUUUCUCCCAUGUCUCGCCUAUAGAACCUGCAUGUCUGUGUUGGAGAACUGGAAGUGUUCACUUCAAGAAGUGUUUCCAUGGUUGCCAUGUAUCUAUGGUAUUUAUCUAGGGACCCCCAUCUUAACUCCCCCAUCCCAUGAAAAUGUUCGCUUUUCAAAUACCAUUCUUUCUUAGAGGGUAAAGUCUUUGAUUUCCAAUUGUUCACUAUAAUGCCUUUAGCUGCUGUCAACAUGAAAUCUGAGCGUUUCUGAAUUGUCGGUGUGGGAUUUCGAAGUGGUAUAGGAGUAGUGCCUCUGGGUUAUAGGGUAUGUUCAUGCCAGUCACUAAGUUGACCGUAUUCCAAACGUCUUUCUAGAAGCCAGAUAUUGCAGCGCAGUUUCACCAUUUAUGAUGAAAGGUGCCUGUGUCGGAGUCGCACCUCCAGCAGUUGGGAGACGUGUUUGAGUCAAAUCUAUUGACAUCCACUGGGGUGAUGUACCACUUGGAAACGAAUUUAUAAUUAAUCUCAUGUAGUGGGACACUAGAGUGUGCAUGAAAUAUUGUUUUGAAAAUAGUCUGCCAGUCCCCUUCCUCCAAGUCCAAGAAUACGAUACCACAUCCUCACUAGGCCUCAGGAGAGGGGGGGGGGCUUAGUCGAGGUAGUGGGAGGAGGGGGUUUGACACCAGUUACACAACUGACAGAGGGAAAGGUCCAGACACUCAUGCAGAGAUUUCAAUAUGAACAAAUGCGACAUUUCCUGAACGCACAGGGCCUAUUAAAUUGGACUUCAAGAGAUCCGACCAAAUUUGAACUACUAUGCUCAGGAGAUAAACUGCCACCUAAACCGACCUUUUGUUACAAACUCAUGUCCCAAGUGUCCCUUCUAUGUUCUAGUGGAGUAUGGUAGCUGUGUAUAUGUCUGGGUCUGUAGGAGUUUGUAACAAAAGGUCGGUUUAGGUGGCAGUUUAUCUCCUGAGCAUAGUAGUACAAAUUUGGUCGGAUCUCUUGAAGUCCAAUUUGAUAGGCCCUGUGCGUUCAGGAAAUGUCGCAUUUGUUCAUAUUGAAAUCUCUGCAUGAGUGUCUGGACCUUUCCCUCUGUCAGUUGUGUAACUGGUGUCAAACCCCCUCCUCCCACUACCUCGACUAAGCCCCCCCUCUCCUUAGGCCUAGUGAGGAUGUGGUAUCGUAUUCUUGGGCGUCUUUUGGCUCAAAUGAUUUGAGUGAAUAGCUACUGAAUCUUCUUGAAGGUUCGUGGUAUAGUGAUUGGUAGAGUGUUUAAUAGAUAUAGUAGUCUUGGGAGUGUAUUCAUUUUUAGAAUAUUUACCCUACCAAACCAUCGAAAAAGCGGUUUGUUCCACGUUUCCGGAUCCACACUAAUAGCUCCCAAGAGUUGUGGAAAGUUAGCUCCAUAUAGCAACUUGUUAUGGGGGGGUUAUGUUAACUCCCAGGUACUUGAUGGACUUCGUGGCCCAUUGGAAGGCAUAGCGUGUUUGUAGUUUUGUCCUUUUCUGAUAGGGUAAGGUUCAAUAUCUCACAUUUGUCGGUGUUUAUUUUAAAGUUGGAGAGGGUACUAUAUUCGGACAGAAUCUCCAAUGCUGGGAGGGACAAAGCUGGGUUAGUAAGUGUAAUUGUCCGCAAACGUGGAUACCUUAUGUAACGGACCGUUUCUCUCAAACGGGGAUAAAAUCCGUUUAGGCGAUAAUCCCCUUUCACAUAGACCAGCAGCUACUGUAAUCACCAACCUCCCGAACUCCAAACUGUACGAAUGCCCAACUCACGAACAAGAAAUACACGAACUCUGGAAGCAGCCGAACAGGAAAAGCGAUAAGAACAGCUUACACUCCUGGCAGUCAGCAUACAAUCCAAUUCCCCCAAUAACAAGACGACACUUCGUUUUGAGGGUUAAGCAGAAUCUGUUUAAUGAGGGCUACCUGCCCAGUAUUUAUGCAGGUCUCCCACCUGGUGGACACUCCCCUAGGGGACCAAAUGGGAGACUGUGACAAGGGACAGACAAGCAGACAAAUAGGACACACAAUGCAUCCUGGCUUCCUCCCCUCUGCCUUGGGAGAUAAUUGGGAAGUAACUCAAUUAUCUCCCAGGACAAAGGCAAAACUCCAUUACACAUGUGGGGACACAAAACCAGUAUUAUACUUUAAAAUACAUAAAGUAACAUUUAUUCCACAAAACACAGACAUGUAACAUAUCCCCAGAUAGCUCAGGUCUGAAUGCACAUUAUUAGGUGAAUGGCACUCAGACCACACGAAUACAGUUUAAUCGCCAUGGAGCUAAAGUCUUUACACAGUCAGUUUCAUACGAAUGGGCUCCAUGGGAUUCCUAUCAGGGGUAUAACAUCUUCGAACAAAACUACCGAACACCGGGCCGUUCGUACACUUCCACCGAACAAGAAGGGAGGUCCGGCUUCAGCGGUGUUCGCACAAAACUGUGUCCGAUUUUAGUUCCAUGAAAAUAGAGGCGAACACCGCUGUGCAUUCGUAUGUUUAAAAUGGCCGCGACCUCGUGUUCGGGAUACGAAUGGCGGCCACCCAGCAUUCAUCAAUUAAGCUGCUGUUAACCGCAGCUUCAGGGAGGUUAAUUGCCGGCACACUCCAGCUCCCAGGUGGUCUAUUCAUUCGUGCGGUUGUUCGGUAGAUUGAAACUACCGAACAACCGGCAGAAAAGCACGAAUACAGCUUUUCUGCAGGCAAAAUAAAGUCUAUUAAAAGGGGGCCAUAGUCAGAUGGCAGGAGGCUGGCAACCAGGCUUCUCCAGUGCAUAGUGGCGAGGUUGGUUUCGCCACACCUUAUAUUUGUUUUUGCCCACCCUCAUCCCCUCCACCCUCGACUGAUCCCUCACAGCAUUCAGCAGGGGUUCUAGUCCCAAGAUGAAUAGUAAUGGGGACAGGGGACAGUCUUGUGCCAUUUGUUUUUUGGAAGGGUUCGGAUAAUAUUCCGUUAAUUUUGAGUCUCGCUGAUGGGAAGGAGUAGAUCGUCUGAAUCCACUGCAUCCACCUCCUACCAAAGCCCAGCGUCGACAAAAGGAAGUUCCAGUCCACCCUGUCGAACGCCUUCUCUGCAUCGAUAGCGAAGAUGAUGGAGGGGGUCUUGUUCCCAUGUGCUCCAUGGAUGAGGUGUAUGACCUUUGCCUCUCUAGAAGGGAUAAAACCUGCAUGGUCCGGGUGGAUCAGGGUUGAAAGCAGAGGUUUCAAUCUGAAUGCUAGCAUUUUUGUGAAUAUUUUCAUGUCGACAUUAAUCAACGAGAUUGGUCUAUAGCUUCCAUAAGCGUCUGGGUUCUUCCCAGCUUUAUGGAGGAGAGUGAUAUUGGCUUCCAAACUUGGCUUAAGAAUGGGGUUGUCUGGGCCUAUUGAGUUAAUGGCUUCUAGCAGAUGUUGGCCUAGUUCCUUCAAGUAUGUUUUAUAGUAUGAGGCUGAAUAGCCAACCGGCCCGGGCUUUUGCCCGAGGGGGUGGAUUUAACCGCCUGUGUGAGCUCAGUUAGGGUGAAUGGCUCAUCUAAGGACCUAAUCACUGCUUGGGGUAGUGCUCUGUCAAAUGUAUCCGCUAGGUACGUCUUGAUUGCCUCCCUAUCCUGUGUGGUUUUUGUAAUGUUGUACAAUGAGUGGUAGAACUCUUUAAAUGUCCCUGCUAUCUCUACAUUUGUUUGCACUAUUUUAUCGUUAGCUGUUUUAAUUUGAGGGAUAUAUGUUCUCUUUGAGUGCAUUAGCUAGGAGUUUUCCACAUCCAUUCCCUUGGGCAUAAAAUAUUUGCUUAUUCCACACUAGGGAUUUUUUAGCUUUCGAUUGUAAUAAUGUCAGUUCAGACCUAAAGGAUAUGAGUUUACGGUGAUCGGCUUCAGACAGUGAUCUUGUGUGUCUCUUUCAUAUCUUUUGUUAUGCAGUAAUUCCGCUUGUCUCUUAAUGCUUUCUUUUUUUAAGAAAGGAGCCCCAUUUUAUUUCCCCCCUUAUCACACAUGUAUGUGCUUCCCACUGAAGGAAAGGGAUAGUAUCUUGUGUGGCAUUAUCUUGUAAGUAGUGGGAUAUGGUCUUGGCAAUCGCUUGUUUCGCCUUAGUAUUGUGUUGUAUGGUGGUAUUUAGUUUCCACUUGCCUGUGCCUUGGGCUAAAGAUGGAAUCCGUAUUUGUAGAUGGACUGGGGAGUGAUCCGACCAGGUAAUGCUGCUGAUUUACGCCGAAGUCACCAGUGUGAGAUACCUAUGUGGUGAGGAAGAGGUCUAUUCUCGUGUAAGUGGAGGCUGGUUUGGAGUAAAAUGUAUAGUCCUUCGUAGUGGGGAAGAGCUCUCAAACAGUCUACUAGUUGAUUUCUAUGUUGUAGUAGUUUUAUUUGUGUUCGGACGGGGGGUGUAGGUGGCUGGAAUGUUGUGCAGUGCUAUCUUUUUGGGCAUCUAUAGAUAUGUUAGUCGCCCCCCACAGUUAAAGCCCCCUUAGCGCAUUGUUGGACUUUAGUUAGUAUUCUACGAAGAGUGUGACAUUGUCGCGUGUUUGGCAAGUAAAUGUUGACCAGAGUUAUAAGGAAGAUGCUAAUCGAGUCUUGAAGGAUGACAUACCUUCCUAAAUCAUCUGCAUGGUGUUGAUAGACAAAUGGAAACUGAGCAUCUAUUAAAAUUGCCACCCCCUGUGAUUUACUAUGUGUAAAGUUAUUGUAGCAUGAGGGUACUGCUUAUUGGUCAGUCUUGGGGCUGCGGGUCCUUUGAAGUGCGUUUCUUGCACGAAUACCAUAUCUCCUUGUAGCCAGUGGAAAUCCCAAAGUGCCAUGUGCCUUUUUUAUGGUGAGUUAAAGGACCACUAUAGUGCCAGGAAAACAUACUUUAUUCUGGCACUAUAGUGCCCUGAGGGUGCCCCCACCCUCAGGGUCCCCCCCCCCCGUCGGGCUCUGAAACUGCUAUGUUUAUAGAAAAAAGGGUUAAUCCUAGCUGGAUCUGGCACCCAGACCACUUCUUUAAGCUGAAGUGGUCUGGGUGCCUAUAGUGGUCCUUUAAGCCCCCGAACAUUGUAAGAGUAUAUUUAAUGUCUAUGGCAGUCAUACGAUCCCUGGGUGGUGCCAUGGUAGCUCCCCCAUGUGUUUUUGGUUAAUGCGAAGUUACAGCAAUGUAUGAAUUUUGUGCGUGCAAUGUAAAGUAAAAAAUGCAACAAAAUAACUAAACUAAAAUAUAAUGAAACUGUCUAAACAAUGAACUUGUAAAAGUGAUUUCUAGUCCUUGAAAUCACUUAAAUUAGUGUUUCCACUAACUAGAUAGGAGUCUGUGCUCGAUCUUUCACCGUCAGCUUUAGUAGCUAAGUCGGGAAUACUUGCUCUGUAGUAUAGAAAUUGUUAUUGCACCUCUCGUAACCUUAUCCGGUUACUUAGGGGGAUGAAUAUUCUUGUUUCAUGAAAAUAGGAAUGAGUUGUGGCUAACAACUGUGAUUGUCUACUGGUGUAUUUCGUGUUGCGGUUCCCUGCAACAGUUUUCAAUUACACUCAUAUCUAAGCGCCGCCAAGCGCUGUUUGGAAUAUAUUUGGGUCUGUUAUCUUGACUAGUGAUUCGGUUUGGGGAUAGGGCUGCCCCAUGUAGUACCUCCUAAAAAAUAAAUGAACAAUACAUAUAACGCAGAAACAUAUUCAUUUCCCAAAAUAGUGCGCGGAGGUAUACGUCAACUUUGUACCUCCACAUAUUGGACCCACUAAAUCUAUCCUCCGUUUCCUUCAAUUCUUCUUCUUCUUUUAUUUUUAUUUUUUAUGAGCAAUUAUAAUUAUAGAAGGACAAUGAAAUCCUGAUCCCGAUCUACUAGCUUUAUGUGUACACGUGACGUCUUAAAUUCCCUAGUGGAGUUUGACACUUCAUUGCCUUGGUUGUCUGUCUUUUGUGUGGCGCAUGAUCUGGAUAAGCUUAGACUCGUGAGCAUCUUGUCUCUGCUCCAAAUUAAAGGACCACUAUAGUGCCAGGAAAACAAACUCUUUUUCCUGGCACUAUAGUGCCCUGCGGGUGCCCCCACCCCCGUGGCGCUGAAGGGGGAGGAAGGGUUAAUCCCUUACCUUUUUUCCAGUGCUGGGACUCUCCUCCCUCUUCUGAUGUCCCUGAGCCGCGCACGCAUUCAGCCAGUCCAUAGGAAAGCAUUCUCAAUGCUUUCCUAUGGACGCUGGCGUCUUCUCACUGUGAAAAUCAGUGAGAAGCGCCUCUAGCGGCUGUCAAUGAGCCACUAGAGGCUGGUUUAACCCAUAGGUAAACAUAACAGUUUCUCUGAAACUGCUAUGUUUACAGCAAAAAGGAUUAAACCUAGCUAGACCUGGCACCCAGACCACUUCAUUAAGCUGAAGUGGUCUGGGUGCCUAUAGUGGUCCUUUAAGCAGCCUGAACACAAUAAACCAGAAUUAAAUGAAUGCUAAGAAGAUUCUCACAUAUAUUAGUUAAUUGCUCCAUCUUGUAUCCUAUUCCAAAUUUCCAUUGAGGAUAGACGUGCGAUGUUUGUGUUAACCAUAUAUAUACAUAAAAGGAAGAGUGGCAAAAAUUCCAGGCAGGCUUGUCUGCAUAUUGAAAGAUUCAUAUCAAUCUUUACAGGGGUAAUAGAAGGAUGAAACUCAUUUACUCUCAAUUAAUGACCUGAACCUAUCUCUACUGGCAUCUGUGUUUUUUUUUUUUUACAAAAAUCCCAUUGGACAAUUUGACAUUUUGGCAACCUGAGAGUGCAUUGGAAAAGAUUUAGUUGAGAGAAGGGAGUGUUCCUGAGCUCCUGAGAGGUAAAACACAGGACCUGCUCCUUUUCACUAUAAGACUUUUGUAAGUUCGAUGUACAAAAUAGGGACUUAUAGAAGAUAGUGAAAGAACAUUGGAUUCUCCAUAGAUCUUUAUCUCAUUCGAAAAUAUAAAAGCAACAUAUGAAACAUUUCAGGAUUUUUCAGACUUGGGAAUUAAACUAAUGGCUAAAUGUAUACAAUUCAGAUAGGGCUUCUUGGAAAAGAUUUCCUUUAAAAAAUAUAUAUAUUUAAAAAAAAAAAUUUGUUUACAAAAUGAUACAUUUAGUUUUUUCUUUUUUGCAUGUUAGAUACUUGUAACAUGUAUAGUUUUUAAAUGCUGUACAGUAUAGUGCCAAACUAAACCUGGAUUAUAUGUAUUUUUGACUGAAGAAAUAUGUAAAUUUGCUGCAACUACACACACAUUUUGGAAGCAUCAUCCAUGAGAUUUUGAUGACAGUAACUAUUUUUCACUGAGAAGUCAUUCUGCCGUAAAUGUAAUUGUGGCACAUGUCUAUAAUAUACUACCUUUGGUCCUGGAGUGAUUUAUUUAUUUAUUUUAAUUCCCAUUCUACUAAUUCCAGGUUACUUAGCAACAUUUUCUGACUUUCUUUUCUAGAACUGUCUAUACCAGGGGUAGGCAACCUACGGCACUAGUGCCAUGCACGGCACUCGAGGUGUCUUUGCACGGCACUCAAGGCUACUAGAGCCAAACAGGCUCUGGCCUAUCAGGAGUCCCAGUAAAAACUUCAGAUAUCUGCUAAUAUGAAAAGACAAUCCUCAAUUUAAGCAAUGCAGCACAGCUCAGAUCACUUCCUCCAAGCACUUGUGAAUGGGAAUCCACAAUGUAGUAGAGCAGCCUGCAGCUACUGUUGCAGCUCCUGUCUUUGACUUGUACCGGGCCAGCCUGGUCCCCACUGGAACCCAGGGAAGCCAACCAUACUGCUAGAUAUACACAGAUAUUGUGGAUCAAACCAAGUGUUUAUCUGAUUAUCUGCUCCUUUCCAAAUUGUUAAAAUAAAUCUGUGCAUGCUCUGAAGUAAAUUACACUGAGACACAAGUAUCAGGUUAAUGAAAAACUUUGGAAUCUUUACUCAGGGGGCGGCAAGCCCCUUAUAAAGGCAAAAAUACAUCAUAUGCAAAAAUGUAGAUAACAGAGAAUACAUCUUUAAUUGGUUAGGUGUAAAGUGUCUUAUCUAAUGCACAUCCUACGAGGUGUGAUGUCACCAUCAUCCCAGAAUUUUACUCCGGAUAUAGGCGCCAUCUUGUUACACAAGGUAGUCGGUGGGAGGGGGUGCUCUAGCAGCCAUUUUGAGUAGAUAUUGAAUACAGGUAUACAAAGUAAAUAGACAUUUUACUAUCACUAAUUUACAGUCAUAACAAAGAAAUGAAAAAUAACCCUCCCCUUAUACAAAUAAUACCAACAGCCCACACACAAACAAACUUACAAUCUGCACAAACGUAACACGCUAACAAUCCACAUACAUGCACACAACCCCACAUGCAGCCUCUCACAUGGAAUACCCCAAACAGCCCACACACUACCAAACACACAAUGUGACAUAUCCAUCCACACACAAUUCCACAAGCAGCCCUCAUACACAGCCCACAUUCAUAUGUAUCAUACAUGAUACCACAAACUACUCCUGAACAUAUACAAUAUAAUAGCUCAUAUACGCACAAAUAAAACAAUACAAAGCAACUGCAGUAAAAAUAACACAAGCAGAAUACGGCAGUAUACACACCUAAAUUUAAAAAAAAUAGGACCAGCACGCUACGGGACAUCACAAUCCUACAUCGGCACAGUGCUGCUAAAAGAUUGCCUACCCAUGGUCUAUACUAUGAACAUAUUAGCCUUCAUUUAUGUUUACAUACUUGUUUGCAACCAGAUUAAACUGAAACUACAGGACAAAUUGGUAGUUUAAAAAAUAAUGUGUUUUUUUUCAUCUUUUUCUUCCUUAAGGUCUUGAUGAUGAUGAUCCAAAAGGUAAAUUGAAUUUUAUUUUAAACAAGUCGCCAUAGCUAUGAAUGAUUUCAUGGUGAUUUUUUUUUUAAUCUCACCCUCAUUUCUUGUUUAGCUGGUGAAACUACAGUGAUUCAAGCCAAUGGAGAUUUAAACUCUGCACAGACACAAACCACUAUGAUUAAUUACACUUGCAAUGACUGUAGCAUACUGUCUGAUAGGAAUGAUGUCCUCACAGCAUAUCCUACAUCUCAUGCAAAGUCUGCAAACAAGCACACAGCCUCAACAGUGUACUCCAGAGACAGGAGCCAAAAACAGAAGUCAAGUAAGAUUUUAAUUCUGCGUGAUUCCAAUGUCACAUUACAGUGCUUUCAGUGAAAUUAUUUUUAAAAGGAAACAGCACAUCCUAGAAUGUUUAAGGUUUGUCCUCUAUAGUUUACAAAUAUGUUUGUGAAAAAUAAAAUUGUAACUUUGUGAUGUGUUGUAGUAAUGUAAUGUGAAUACAACAAAACUUUGAAAAUCUAUAAAGACCUCUUAAAAGCAGUAAGUGCACACACAGAAUUCACAUUGCAUUUUCCUGCCUAUAAAAAAUAAAAUAUAUAUUAUGAAUGUAAGGGUCAUAUGGUGCUACAUUAAAGAAAGUACAGAGACAAUUGUCAAUGCAUUUUACUUACUGACAUGGAUAUGUCACAGUAGUCUACAAGUUAAGGCUCAUUUUUUUUGUAUGCUUUCUAUGCAAGUACUCUGAUAUUAUCUGAGACUUUCAGAGGGUAGUGUCAAGUUAGCCAAAUACAACACAACUUAAACAGACAUCUUAAGGAAAACUAGUGUUAAGAAUACAAAGCUGUGUUCCUAACACUAUAGUGUCCCUUUGCGCCAUCGUGGCUUGGCUAUGAAAUGGAUAAAACUUUUUUUCACUUGCCUUAUUCCAAUGCCGAUGUCCUUCAGCGCUUUCUCUGUCUGCUCAGAACUCGUGAGGAAGAACCGGCAAACAUGAGGACUUCCAGCGUUUUCACGUAGUUGAAGCCGAUUAAAGGAAGUAACCCUGCAAUGAAAACAUUGCAGCUUCUCUAAAACAGGGUUAAGGGGAUAGGGACACUGCAAACAGACCACUUCAAUGAAAUAUGGUCUGGGUUCCUAUAGUGUCCCUUUAAGCACCAAAACACUUCAUAUUCAUGUAGUGGUUCUGAUGCAUAUAUUUUCUUUCAUUGGCUUUGUAAAAUAUUGUGGUUUCUGAUAAACAGCAAUGUUUAAAUCGGCCUGAAACAGGGCCUUUAAUGACACCUAGACCGCCAUUAGUCUCUUCCUCUUGAAAGGUCUUCAUGUCCAAUAUAUUCAUUGCUUCUUUAAAAGUAUCAGAUGGGCAGAGUGUGGUGAUUGCCAAGGGUGUGAUGUAGUUGUCUACGAGAAGCAUUUGAUUUAAUCAGUCAUGAGGGAGGAGUGGCUACUGACAAGAGAGUGUCCUAGCACUGGAUUGCCAGUAAGUUAGUUAUGGGGAGCCCUGAAUGUAACAUAAAAACGGUAGCUUCUAACAUUAAAUAUAUAUGCUUAUUUUUAGUAUUAGUGUUUCUUUAAGCACGUGUGAUUGUAUUUUUAUUGUGCUCAUCCUGUAUUUUCUUUCAUUUUUCAAACUCCCCCUUAGCCAUGCCUCCCCUUUCCACAAAAUGUUUGCUAAUUGUGUACAUAUACAGCUUAGCCAAUGAGAUCAGUGGGAGCUGAUCUGCUGAUAUCUAUGCCUCACAUCAAAUCACUGACCUUUUAUCUGUGUAGUAUCUCAGCCAUGCUACAGGCAAAGGGGGAAUAUAUGAUACAGGGAAAAAUUGUAUCACACUGCUUUCCACUUGGCUGAACAGAGUACAUACAGAGGAGGCUUGGCAACGGGGCAUGGUUAUGAUACAGCGAAAACCACAGCAUAAAUAAAGCCAAAUACAAUUAAGUGGUAUAUUGUCUUCUAAACUAGAUCUGGAAAAUGUCAGCUUGGUAGACUUGGAUUAAAUCCAUAUAUUUCUCAUUUUCUGUUUGAAUAUCAGUGGAAGAUCUCUCUAAAGCCUUGAAGAGGUUCCCCUGAUAGAACUAAAACACUUGCCACUUUGCCAGUAGAGUGCAAAUAGAGAAGUGAACGGUGGCAGUGGGCUACAUGGGAUGCUCUCUACCUCUUAUCUGUGUCUGACAUGGUCUCAUGGAGAGGCAGAAGAGAAUCACUCUUAACUGUUUAUACAGAUUGUCUUGGCAAUUAAAACAUUUACUUGAAUAUAAACAUGUUACAGCAUAUCAAGUUAAGGUUGCAUUAAGUUCCCCUUUACACUGACUUGGAAACACUGAUCAAAUACACAUGAAGCAGCAUUUGCGUUUAAGAAUUUGUAUUACUUUAUUGAAGUACAAUUGCUUAAUGAAAAGUUUGUGGUUGUUUUAACCCCAUGGUGACCAACCUUGAAAGAUGAUUAGUCCCAUUCACAAACAUUAGCUGUUAGGUCAUAAAUGGGACAUCUUAGCCUUGUUUCCUGAAUAUUUUUUUCCCCUUUUCCUUUUUUGUUAGUAAUCUGAGUACUUGUUUGUUCUUACUUAAUAGGAGAAAUGCUCUAUUUUUUACAUAAAACAAUGCUGCUGGUCAGAUCUUCUGCAUGUACCUUAGCAGCUCUGAUUAUUGAACUUUUUCAUAUGGUCCUACUGAAGCUUGGUUAUGAACUCAAAGGUAUAUUCUUCUCCUGUUCUCCCGCCUGCACUAAAUUAAAUUCACCAAACCCUAUCACAAUCACAGGUGACGCAUGCUGUUGGUUUGUGGGUUUUCUGUAAUGAUUGCUAAAUCAAAUGUGUGCGUUACAUUCGUGCAUUUUACCUAUGGCUUGGGGUAGGUUUAAUUUUCUCUGCAUCAGAAUGUUUUUUUGUUUUUUUUUGUGUUGCCAUGUGCUUUUGCCAGCUGAGCAGGAAGUUAAGGCUAUCUGGAACCAAAUAUUCGGUCUUGAAGAACCCCUUUUGCAUAAAAGGAGUGAUGACCAGCUGUUUAUCUAUCAGACCAAAAAACAUUGUUGGUGAUGGGUGAUAUUGUGUGCUUCCUUUUGACCUGGAUGAAAUCACAUUUUUGUCUCCACUUAGGCCUUAAUUUUAUAUUUUGGAUAAGCUUUUCGGUUUACCUUUUCAAAUGUUUUUUUUUCCUUUUUUAAAAUAUCAAAAAGAUGAUCUAAGUAAAAAAAAAAAAAAAUUCAAUAUCAAAAUGCUAAACAAAAUCUUUAAAUAAAUAACUUUAAGUCUAUCCAAAAAUGUAAUAAGUUAAAUAAUCUGAAAAACAUAUCCAAAAAAUAUUAAAGCGAGAUCGUAGUAUUUUAUUCACUGAACCGGGGGUACAAGAUAAUUGUGGUGAGAUUAAAAUCUGGUUACAAGACUGAAGGAAAUAUUUUAGAAAAAUAACUUGUUUUGUCAGAAAGGUAAAUGGCUAUUUGAGUUACCAGUUCAACAGGAUUCUCAGUUUAGUGAAUAAACUGCUUAUUUUGCACAGCUGUUUAAAUAAAGCUCUUGCACUGGGUCUUCACUGUGCACAUGCAAAUGUAUAGUUUAACGAUCACACCUGUGCUUUUAGGUAAUGAAUGCUAGAUCUGCACUUCUUUGGUCUUACCCAGGGAUAGGCAACAUUUUGCACUCCAGAUGUUUUGGACUAAAUCUGCCAUAAUGCUGGCAAAGCAUCCAGGGAAUUGUAGUCCACAUCAUCUGGAGUGCUGAAGGUUGCCUAUCCCUGGUCUAACAGUUUGUAGCAGUCACAUAAUUUAUUAUAUAAACUUCUGUGCAUAGGACAGUGUCUGUAAACAUGUUAAACGGUUUAUCUAUCUCUGCACGCAAAAUAUACAAAUCAAAUUCAUAGCCUGGGUUCCUGUUUCCCAGGUUUCAUGCAAAUUCCAGACCCAGACACUUUUUAUUUUAUUUUCCCCUGUGUGUGUGUGUGUGUUGCAGCUCAUUCGAAUUACUGUGGAAGUAUGAAUGUGAGAGACUAUCUAAAAGAGGAUGGACACCUGCGUAUAAAUGGGGAAUCUUUGUGUAAGUAUGGUGCUCAUGCAUGCGCUUGACUUUAAUUUUAAGCCCUAGAAUCCUAAACCUCACCCCUCUCCCCACCUUGGAGUUUAUUUGCUUAACACUGGAUUGUAGUGAAUGUUAAAAUGUGUACUCCCCUUUGGAGUCAAUUUGCUAAAUACUGGAUUGUAGUUAAUGUUAAAAUGUAUAUAAUUAAAAUGGCUAAAAUAACAGCCUAUUGUCCAACAGAAUUGGAUAUUUUUUCAGAAUCCCCACUUUUUGCAUAACUUCUAUGUGUAAAUUUUGAAAUUCAGCUUUCAGUACAACUAAUUUAAAGUGAAUUAAACUCCUUUGUGUGUGUUUUAUUUAUUUGCCACCUUUACAUCAAAGGAAGGCAAAAGGAAAAAUGUCACACUAUUUUGGCUCUCAAAUUUGGCAUUAACAUUUCUGCACUUUGUAAUCGCGCAGAAAGCAUGAAUUAACACUUCACAGUGCAACAGUAGUGUAAAAAAAAUUGUUUUUUUUGAGCAAACUUUUUCCCCCUGCACUGUGGUGUGGAAGUCGCAUAUUAAUCCUUUGUUACCAUGAUUAACAGGUGAUGACUGUAAGGGGACGAAACAUCACGAAACACAUACAACUGUCCAAACUGUUCACAGGCAGUCUUCACGGGCUAGAAGGGUGACGGCAUCCAUAUUGCACAUCUUUUCUUAUGCAGGUUUAAAUGCAUUUUUUUCUUUUCCUUUUUUAAAUUUAUUUUUAUAUAUGCACUGACUUUUUAGACAAAAUCCUUUUUACAAGUUGUAUAGUUUAUUCACCCUUCCCCCUCCAGCACUUAAUCUGCACCGUGCCUAAAUAAUGUGGUCUUUUAAUAUUGAUCAUUGUUUUUUGUUUUUUUACCACAGGAUCCUGUUUGUACACUAGUUUAAUCACGUUUCACAUUAUUAAAAUGCAAACAUUUGAACUCAAAUAAAUUUUUUAAUCCUGAAAUCUGUACAAAAGCAUUCACCUGCAACUAAAAUUGGCCUCUUUUUAUGUAUUGCAAGCUUUUUUCCCCCAGGCUUGUGGAAUUUUGCCAGCACUAUUGUCUGCCUCUUAUUCACAUGAGGAUAAUAAACUUCAGAAGGCAAUAUGCCCAGAUAUUUAUUGCAUAAACAUUGCUAGAUUGUUUAGCUCCCCUCCAUACCAUUUUCUUUUCUCUUUUUUCAUUUGCUUCUGAAAGGCCAUCUUUGGCACACAGGUUCUCUCAGCUAUGGAUUUAUAAUAUUGCAAUAUACAUUCCCCUGGGCUACUUGCACUGAUCUGUGACUUCCCCUCUCAUCUAUAUUUUAGGGUACUUUUUGCAGCAAGCUGUGCGAAGCGUGGCAGCUUCAGGAUGGUUUGUAUCCAGGAAGGCGUUGUCGUUUCUUUGGUUGGCCAUUGUAUCACCAGGUUAUUAUUUUAAUUUUGCACAUUGGCAUGAAUACUUUGCCUUUUUGAGCCCGCUUUGGUGGUCUGUGUAACAAAUUCCCCCUCCCCUCAGGUGCUCAAACUGGUAAUGUUGCAUUAGUCCUUUUUUGGGGGGCACUUUUGUUUAUAUAUUUCAUGUGGGGCACAUACCUUCUGUUUGUGAUUUUUAUUUUUUUGGUUUACAUUUCUUGAACCAUAAUUGGUAAACCUUGUUUUAGCAUUUAAAGGUUAAGCAGUAGCCUCACUGACAAUCCAGCAGAUUUUGAAACCUUAUCUCGCCAUUCGGUAACACUGUGUAUCGUAACCGCAUCUCUUUUGGCACUAUUGAUAUUCAGUUGCAUGCUUUGUUACAUAUCUUCUCAUGUUAAAGUUUCUGUCAGUCAAACUUUAGUGUCAUUUGCAUGCGCUCUUGGCUUUACAUUGCAUUUACACUGAAUAUCGACCUAGUCUUUCCCCCUCUGUCUUGCAGGAAGAGCAGCUUCUGGAAUGUUUUGGUGGUUAGGCACAGGAUGGUACCAACUUGCCACUCUGAUAUCUUUAUUAAACGUGUUCGUUUUAACCAGGUCAGUAGCAGAGUCUACAAUUUAAUAUGAAUCUGUAGUUUGUCUGUGUGCUAUGUUUUUAAGACUGCCUUAUAGACUGCUUAGAACAGCGGCACUAGCCUGAUCAUAUAUAUCAUAAGUUUUGCUAGGACCAAAUGUUACAAAACACCACACACUCAGUCUGUGUGUGUGUGUGUGUGUGUGUAUAUAUAUGUGUAUAUAUAUAUAUGUAUAUAUAUAUAUAUUAUAUUAUGUGUGUGUGUGUGUGUAUAUAUAUGUAGCACAGGCAUAUUUGUGUUUUUGACCAGUCGCUUAACCCCUGAAGGACGAUGCCAAAUGUACACGUUGUGAACAAAACAAAAUGUAAACAAAACCUGGCAUUUGCGCUACAUGUCUGUCCAACCGUAAUUCCUCUUUCAUAUUAAAUGCACCCACCCUUAUUAUAUCAUUUUAUUCAGGGGAAACAGGGCUUUCAUUUAAUAUCAAAUAUUUAGCUAUGAAACAUAAUUUAAUAUGAAAAAAAUGGGAGAAAAUAAGAUUUCUUUGAUUUUUUUUUUUGAUUUUUUUUUUUUACUUCUACUUGACAUUUUAACUGUCAAUGUCAUAAUACUGUUUACUUUUACUGCAAUAAAAUACUCAUUUGUAUUCAGCAAAGUCUCACGUGCAAAACAGUACCCCCUAUGUACAGGUUUUAUGGCGGUUUGGGAAGUUACAGGGUCAAAUAUAGCACGUUACAUUUGAAAUUGAAAUUCGCCAGAUUGGUUACGUUGCCUUUGGGACUUUAUAGUAACCCAGGAAUGAAAUUUACACCCAUUAUGGCAUUCCAUUUGCAAUAGUAGACAACCCAAGGUAUUGCAAAUGGGGUAUGUUCAGUCUUUUUUUAGUAGCCAUUUGGUCACAAACACUGGCCAAAGUAAGCGUUAGUAUUUAUUUGUGUGAAAAAUGCAAAAAACGCCAAUUUUGGCCAGUGUUUGUGACGAAGUGGCUACUAAAAAAGACUGGACAUACCCCGUUUGCAAUACCUUGGGUUGUCUACUAUUGCAAAUGGUAUGCCAUCAUAGGGUUAAUUUUUAUUCUUGGGCUACCAUAGGGUCUCAAAGGCACCGUAACCAAUCGGGCGAAUUUUAAUGUGAAAAAAAUGAAACGCAAGCCUUAUAUUUGACGCUGUAACUUUUGAAAACACCAUAAAACCUGUACAUGAGGGGUACUGUUGUACUCGGGAGACUUCGCUGAACACAAAUAUUCGUGUUUCAAAACAGUAAAAAGUAUCGCAGGAAUAAUAUUGUCCGUGUAAGUGCGGUUUGUGCAUGAAAAAGGCAAAAAACUUCACUUUUACUGGCGAUAUCAUCGUUGUAAUACACUUCACUGUUUUGAAACACUAAUAUUUGUGUUCAGCGAAGUCUCCAGAGUAGAACAGUACCCCCCAUGUACAGGUUUUAUGGUGUCUUGGAAAGUUAUAGGGUUAAAUAUAGUGCUAGCAAAUUAAAUUCCUUUCACUUUCGGCAUGGGUUGUCAGGCAGGACCUGCUAAUUGUAAUUAAGAUACCUAAUUAUGUAAAAAUAUUACAUAAAUAUAUAUGUAGAAUUAAUAGAUAUAUAUAAUUUUUUAAAUAUUUUUAUUUAUAUAUAGGUAUAUAUAGUGAUAUAUACAUAUAUUUAUGUAUGUAGAUAUAUAUUUCUUUCUACGUGUAUUUUGAUAUAAAUAUAUAUUAUCACAAUACAGUUAGAACGAAAUAACACACAUCUAUAUAUUUUUAAAUAAAUUUUUUUUAAAUUUUUUAAAUUAAAUUUUUUUACGUAUUUACAUAUUUAAUUUUUUUAUAUUAUAUAUAAGUAAUGAAAGACCGGAGGGCGUACAAUUACGCCCGGCGGCGUUUAGAGCCGUCUAAAAUAGGGCGUAAUUGUACGCCCUCCGGUCUUAAGGGGUUAAACAUCCCAAAAAUAUUGAUGUUUUUAACUUAAGCAUUUGUUGAAAAUAAUCUACUUAAAACACACAAUAGAACUUAAGCAGUUUUAAGGAGACUCGUACAACAAUUGUGUUCUUAAAGCAGUUUUUGAUUUGUAGUGUGGUUAGAUCUGCAAACAUUGUUUUAUUUUUAACUACAUGAUACAUUUAACAAUACUUUCUGCUGGGUGAAUAUCUUGACGUUUUAUCAUAAGGGAAGCACUGUCCAGUUAGAUGUGAUGCUGUGAUAGCCCAUGUGCACGACAGGGAUAUGGAAUGGUGUUGUGAAUAUUUCAUUGUAAAAUUGUUUGUUUUAAACCUAGAUGCCUUCCGAAAAUCAAGAAAUUGUUACCUUUGCUCCUCCUGUUACUGUUGCUGUUGGGUAAGAUUUUUUUUCCUUUAUGAAUCCAAUAUUGCAACACUUUUUUUCAGAAUGUUACAGAUUUUUAUUUUUGUGACAUGCUAUGACUAGGGUUUAAAGUUUGUAAACUCCACCUACCCCUGGUGUUCAAGUUUUUUUCCCAUGAACAAUGAUCGGUAGUGAACUAGAAACCAACUGCCAAAUUAAGGCCAAAACAGAAUGAGAACCUCCACACCUCAUCUGUUUUGUGUAACUAUCUGAAUCUGCUUAAAUUUGUAAUUUUGUUCAUUGUAGUUUACACUGUUUACAUACUAAACACCUACGUUCUUUAGAUGUUUGCUGAGAAUCAUGGCGUUUGGGUCGCAGCAGGUACAGUGCCAAAAGUCUAAUUUGUUGGCCCUGCCAUGAAAGCUCAUUAUUCAAAAAUGUAUUAAACCAGUGAAAUCGGUUCUUUAGAACGCUGAAUGUUCCUUUUAGGUUUGUGCUGUCAAACUGACCUAUCUGGGCAAAACGUGAUGUAUUUCUUGCGUCUUGGUGUCAGGGAAAGGUUUUUGAAACAUUUUGCAUAUACGGCCAUAUUUACAUAUUUAAAUCAUUCAAAGUUAGCUGAUGUUCAGUUGACCCCUUAUUUGUAUUCCUGAUUUUUUUUAAAGGAAAUGUCACUUGCACUUUUGAGUAAAAUACAGAAAAGUUCCUAUAACUUGUAUUAACCAUUCGUGUAACACAUUGUUUUAUGUUAAAGACUUGGCAAAUUUCAUCCCAAUUUAGUUUAAGUCACAGCAUGGGCCAUACAUUGCACAUGAACAGGAGAAACAAACCUGUCAGGUCUGCUUUUCUUUGUAUGCUGGAAGCUAGAUGGACAAAGCUUAUACGAAGACUCACAAUUGCAGGAUAAAUGGGUGUUAAUUUCUACAUUGGUUUUUUUUUUUUUUCAUUCCUCAAAAAUGCAUAUUUUUUAUUUAUGUAAUAAAUGAAGAUAACACUCCUUUAAAGUGACAGGUCCCUGUUACAAUACAAAGAUUAUGACUCAACUUCCAAUUCAGAUUGUCUGUUUAAAGUUCUGUUUGUGUGAGAAAUCAAGUGUUUUUUAAUUGCGGGACUAGUAAUUGGAGUUCUAUUUGUAUAAAGUCAGUUGAAGACAGUCUACACUAGUAUAUAACUAAAGAAAUGUUGAUACUGCUUCAGUAGUAUGCGUCCGGUGAGUAUCCAGAACGGGAUAACCCUAUUAUGUAACUUCAAAGCAAAAAUGAGACACAACUUUAUUAACUCUUGCAUGAAUAUGAAAAAUCACAUAAUUCAAAUCCCCACCAGACUUGAUUUUCUUGCAACUUGAAAAAGAACCCCCGAUGGCUAGACCGUGUUGUAGUGCAUAAAGACAUUUGUUGCUUAAUAAAAGUGCUCUUCUAAUUUUUGCACCUAAUUUUUGCAUGUUAAAUCUGAAUGGAAAAACUGAGGCAAAAAUAGCUGUUCUGGAAAAAUGUCAAGUCUCUCGUAGGUUUUCCUCAGUUUUUCCUUUCGAAUUGCAUUUGUGGAACUUCUGAGUUUUUUUUCAAUGAACCUAUCGGCUUUCUGUUUAGCAGAGAACACACAUCCUACUGUUCGGUUUCAGUCAAGUUUAAAAAACAAACCAAAAAAAAAAAAAACCUUAUAAAAGUUAGUGGAAUCCCAUAAUGACCUUACACGUGAUAGUUGCUGUAAAAUGUCCCAUGAAGAAUGUCUUGGUGUGCCUCUUACAUUUUAUUCGGCCUUUUAUGCUUUCUAUUGAAGAUCUCAAAUCUGCCACAAAAAGAUGUAGUUUUGGUGUUUAGUGUUGAUGUAAUGUCACAGAUAGUUAUCAUCCCUCAAUGUUUUUUUACAGAGCAUAAAUGCUUUAUUAAAAUGUGCUGAGUAAUAUCUAUAGCAAUUGCAAACUCUCCUCAUUGAAAGAAAAAACUGACCCCUGUAAAGAGUUACCAGCUAAUCAGAACAUGGCUAAAAUGUAAAACCCAUGCUGUGACAGUAGUACGUGAAAACUACAUGAGUACAACUCACUGUAGUGGUUGUGUACCCUAGCGCCCCCUACUGUAUGGAAUCCAAACCACUUUUGAAUGUGCAAGAACUUGUUAGCUCUUUCAAGCUAAGCCCUGCAAUGCCGGUGUUUUCAGCCAGUGAGCUAAGCACAUCAUUGCAGGGCUUGGCAUGGGAGAGCUAAAGAAAGUUCCUGCCAAGGAAGUUUUGUCUCUUGGUAGUUGAGGGGAGUAGCACCGGGUAAUAACUUAAACCAUGUUUGAAUGGUUCAACUCCUUACAUUAGGGGGCAAAAGGGUACUUCUUGCACUUUAACCACGCAACAAGAUGUAGUGUUUCUGGUGCUUGGAGUGUUAUUUGAAGUCAGUCCUGUGCAAUAAAAUACAGGCUUCCAGAAACAACUUAUACAUAGCUAAAUUAAGUUGUCUUCAUAUACAUUUUAAUUUCUCUAAAUGUGCGCUUUAGAAAAGUCUGUAAUGGUCUGUUUAAGUUAAUUGUUUAUAAACGGUGUGUUUAAAUGCUUGCUUUAAUUUCUCUAUAGGUCUGUGGUAUUGGAAUUUUAUAGAUUUGUGGUCACUGCUUCCAGCAUUUGGUGGUGUAAGAAUGCACGCAGGACAAACUGCUGAAGACACGGUUACAAACUUCAAGCCAGCAUCUGAUAUUGAUGUACCCAGCCAUGGCAAACCGGUAAAGUGCCACUGUUUUCUCUGAAAAGUCAGGAUCUAACUAUUUGCAUGCAUUUCAUAUUCUGCUUGUUUUACUUUAACAUGACCGGUUUGGAGUUUCUUGCCUUAACACACACUUUUCGUCCGUGAAUCAUGAAUAUUUUGUGUGCCGCCUAGGCAAUAUAAGGCUUAAUAGGACACUGCAGGCACAGUAUCUGCUUUAUCUCAUUGAACUGGUUUGUGUCUGGAGUCUAAUGGUUCUGUCAUUUCAUUCAUUUUAUGUAUGCUUUAUAAAGUGCCAACACAUUCCACAGCAAUGUACAACUGGUACAAGUGAAAAGAUAAAAGGUACAGUAUAUCUGAAAAUACAACAUUUGACAAUACAGGAGUUGAAGGCCCAGUUCCCAUGGGAACAUACAAUCUAGAUUAGUGGUUCCCAGUCCAUUCCAGGAAUUAGCGAAUUACCCAGUUGUGUCUAAGGUUUUUUUAGAAGGAGAGAAAAAAACCACCUUAGACACAACUGGGUAUUCCAUAAAUCCUGGAUUGGUAGGGGGGAUAUGAGGACUAGUUUGGGAACCAAAUAGCUACUCGAAUAGAGGAGUCAGAAACAGGAGAUGGGAACUGCAAAGUUUCUAUUGAUGUUAAUAGAAUGAGAUAAUGGCAUUUAUUUGCUGCUUGAAUUUGAUUACCAUUAAACAGUUUAGUGCUAAAUGGAUGUAGCAGUUACAGUGCCUACGGUGUCCAUUUAACUUUUUUGUUAUGUUGGUGUUCCUUUAAUAUUGUAAAUAGGCUAUCAUAAGUAUUUUUUUUAUUUUUUUUACUGCAAGUAAAGUGACACUAGGCAUUAGGAAUAAAAAACUAUUCGUAACACUAUACUCUCAAUGUCCAUAGUUCUCAUGAAGUAAAAUUGAACAAUCGAAAAGGGACAGACAUUAUUUAUAAUGCCCUUUGCUUUUUGUCUUUCUAGGAAAUGGACUUGCAGUUUGUGAAUAAGAUGAAAGAAUUUGAAAAUCGGUUAGCUUUAAUGGCUGCAAACCAUAGCCAUCACGUUAAAGACCAUGACACGCUGGUCCAUCUGGUGCAGAAUAUUCAAGAACAGGUUGCAAAAAUGGGUGACCAGAGCCAGAUAUCACUAUUAAUUACCGCAAUUCUAAACGAACGCUUGGCAAAAAUGACAACUGAGCAGAAGGACCAAUCCACGGUAGAUAGUCAGUUUGUGAUGAGAAAAAUGCCUGUCCUACAGCAACACUUAAACUGACUUAUGGGACUGACUUACUCUUUUCUAUCUGUAGGGUGACUCCAAUUUAAUGAACACAGAUUACGAAGCUCGACUCGUACAUUUGGAAACACUUCUGGGAAAACUCUCUGAGGUAUAUAGCCACAGUUCCCAGAGUCCUGUAGCACAUGUCAAGUAAUAAGUUUCCAUUUAUAGUCAUUCUAUAUUUCCUGACAUACAUCUGUUACUUUCCAGGCUAUCGAGGAAGACCGAAAGUUAAGGACGAGGUAAGGUUUUUUUUUUUUUUUUAUAAAAGUUAAAAAUUCUUAACUGUCUUGUUGACCAGUGUUUGUGACAUGUAGUUAGGUUUUCUGUACACGUUUGGUUUUAACUUGCAUAACAAGACCAUACUGGAACAAUGACAAAUGUGACAGCAUUGUUACAGGAAACCAUAUUCUGUUUAUGUAUACAGUGGCGUACACUCAAUCCAUGGGGCCCUGGUGUGAAACUGAUCUGUGCAACCUCCCCCCUGCCCCCGCCUGACACACACAUACAGGCGCACACACACACACACAUACAGGCGCACACACACACACACACAUACAGGCACACACACACACAUACAUGCAGGCAGACACACGCAGGCAGGCAGACACACGCAGGCAGGCAGACACACGCAGGCAGGCAGACACACGCAGGCAGGCAGACACACGCAGGCAGGCAGACACACGCAGGCAGGCAGACACACGCAGACAUGCACAGGCAGACACACGCACACAUGCACAGGCAGACACACGCACACACAGGCAGACACGCGCACACACAUACAGGCAGACACGCAGGCAGGCAGACACGCACGCAGGCAGGCAGACGCACGCAGACAUGCACACGCACACAGGCAGGCAGACGCACGCAGACAUGCACACGCACACGCACACACAGGCAGACACGCGCACACACAUACAGGCAGACACGCACACGCAGACAGACGCAGACAGGCAGACGCAGGCAGACAGGCAGACGCAGGCAGACAGGCAGACGCAGGCAGACAGGCAGACGCAGGCAGACGCAGGCAGACAGGCAGACGCAGGCAGACAGGCAGACAGGCACGCAGGCAGACAGACAGACAGACAGACAGGCACGCAGGCAGACAGACAGACAGACAGACAGGCACGCAGGCAGGCACGCACGCAGGCACGCACGCAGGCAGGCAGGCACACGCAUACAUGCAAAGACCAAUACCAGCAGACGGAUAAAUACAUACAGGCACACGCAUACAUGCAAAGACCAAUACCUGCAGACGGAUACAUACAUACAGGCACACGCAUACAUGCAAAGACCAAUACCUGCAGACGGAUACAUACAUACAGGCACACGCAUACAUGCAAAGACCAAUACCUGCAGACGGGCAGGCACACACGCACACACAAUGCUUGUCACACUCCUGUUUUCUACCUUUAUGGUGCAAGAUGGUGACAUUCCCUGGGGGUCCAGUUGUGGCUCAGGUGGAUGGGCGUCAGAGUUCCCACUCUGACUCCCUGGUCUUCCUCCCGCGCGGCUGUUAGCUGGGAGGAGUGACGUGCGGUCACUUCCUCCCAGUUUGUGAUGUAAUCACAGAGGGCCCAGUCGCGCUGUUAAAGCACCCAGCACUGACCGGGCCCCUUUACAAUCCAUAUCCAUCGGGUGGCCCUGACAGCAUUGGCCACCCGAUGGACCCCUUGGAGGGUGGCCGGGGCUGCAAAUGAUGGCACCAGGUAUCCAGUCGCACCAGGGCCCGCAAGGCAGCCGGGCCCCCUGGAGUGACGAGCCCGGUUGCAGCUGCGACCGCUGUAUGUACGCCGCUGUAUGUAUAUGUAGUCUGUGAUCAAAUUAUACAAAACUAGUUUACUGCCUGUGAUAUAAAGUGCCAUGCCCCCACAGCCCUGGAUAUUUCAGCAUUGCUCAAUUGCAUGCAUAUAUAUAUGUAGGUAGUUCCCUUAAGGGUAUACUGUGCAUUUAAAAUCCACUUACCAGGGCAGCCUUGGCAACAGUUUAAAUACUAUGAUCUUAUUUAAGGUUUAGUUCUUUGCAAUGUAUUGAUUUUUUUGUUUGGGUUGUUUUAUAGCAGUGGAGGUGAUAAUCAGGAUGUUCUUAGAAGUAAAAUUCAGAGUCUGGAGCAAGAGUUUGUGGUUUAUAAAGCCGAAUUGUUGAAGGAGAAAACAGCCAGGACUAACUGUGAACAUGCAGAUUGUGUUCUUGAAAAGGUGAGAUGCUUUAUUCCUUUUAAGGGAAUUUUAAGUUGUUUUUUUGUUUUGUUUUUUGCAAUCUUUACUCAAAUUUAAUCUGUUUUACAGGACUUGUAGAUACAAUGCAACAGUCAUGUUAAAGCAAAACAAUCUAAUUUGAGAAACUUCUGAAUGAAUAGUCAGGAAGAAAGAGUAUAAGAGAGAAAAUAUAGAUGUAAAAAUUGGGCUUGGGCGACACCCCUGUAUGAGAGAAUUUGCCCAGUAAACCCAUAAUUUCAGUCCUUGUAGAACUGCCACUUUAAAUAGUAUACUGUACUAUUUUCAUAGUGGAUUAAAGCCUUAAGGUGUUUGCUGUUUUAUACUUCUACUGAAUUAGUUGUGUUCCUGGAUUUUUGUUUUAUUUGUAUCAUUAAUAAUGAUACCAUUUGCAUCUGUAUCUAUACAAUCCUCCUCUUGCGAGCACAGAGCGUUGCCCCGGUUACCACGGCAAUGCUCCAAAUCUCGCGAGAGUGAACUCUAGCCCAGGAGCUAUGGGCUAGAGUUCACUCCUACCACUGGGACCUCCAAUUAAUCUCCACCGGACCACCAGGGACUAAGAAAUGUCCCCCUCCUCUCUAAGUAAAGGUAAGAAGGGAGGGGGGACAUAAUGAAUAUUUAUUUUAUUAAAUAAAUUUUUUUUUUUAUUAAAAAGCCUCCCUACCCUCCUUCCUCCCCCAUACAAAUACUGCCCCCAUACUCACACUACACACACUGCCCCCAUACCCACACUACACACACUGCCCCCCACGCGCCCCGCCCCAUACGCACACACACUGCCGCCAUCACACAUACCACUACUCCUAUGCCCUAUAUCCCAGCAGACCCCAGGUAAGUUGUCAAACUGUUCUUAAACGGCUUGACUACUUACUCUGGGAUGGGAUUCUGGCACCAUAACUACUACACUGAGCUGUAGUGGUUAUUGUGCCUGGAUUAUUUCUUUAAAUAAUCUACAAGUGCCCCUCCUGAGAUCAGGCUCUGGAUCCGCCACUGCCAGGCGUUCCAAUGUUGUCCAAGGAGAGUCCCAGCAUCCCCUCUGAAUGUGUAUGAAGGAACCCCUUAGGCUGUUUGUCAUGUGGAUUGGGUUUCCCCUCAUAAGCUUGUGUGUGAUUUUAUAGAACAGUAGGCGUUGGAGUAGGACCUGGCAAAAAUGGGUACAUUGACGUUAUAGCAGUCUAAUGCAAUGUAUGAUCAUGCACUGUAACUAAACCCACAUUAUUUUUUGCCUCGGUGGGAUGUUUAAAAAAAAAAACAAAAACAAAAAAACUUACAUGCUUUGAAAUAGCUGUUUGGUGAAGUUGUGAGUGCACUGGAUCUUGUAUGUUUGAAUUGGCCCCAGCAGCACCCUAUACAAUAUGCAUGAGGUGAGUGCAGCCACUUCCCAGUGCUUGGCACUCUACUGCGGCCCCAGAAGUCCUUCCACAGAACCAAAUACCGCACUGGCAGCCUUUCCGUUGGCCCACAGGGCUAAAAGAAUAGAAUUACUUGCUCAGUACCCGGAACGGCAUGUCCUGGGCAUCGGGCAAUAUAAACGCCACAUUCAUGACAAAGUGCCCCACAUCAUGGAGUUUACUUUAUUUCCCAUGUUCUAGCUAAGAAUGCAAUCCUGGAAUGUUUAGUUUUUUUAUAUUGCAUAAUUAUAGCACACAGAAUGCUACAUGUCAUUUACUGGUACAUAUUCAAUUUUGAAUUUGAAUAUUUGUGAGGUUUGUUCCAGGUGCAAACGUUUCACAGAAAGCACGGUUUAGUGAUGGUGGAAUGGUAGCAAUCUAUUUUCCAAGCAAGUUAAACAUUUGUUGUGGCUAGGUGUUGCCUCACUGGACUAAACAAUUUGAGUAGAAAAUGAGAUGAAAUUCACUGAAUACAGGAAUAGUCAACCAAAACUGAGUUAUUAAUUUUAGGCUAAAUAGCCAAGCUGGAAUUGUAGCUGAGCUAGAAUGUUUCCAAAUGGACUAGUGUCUAAAUUUUGCAAGCCCACUUUUAUUUCACUACAUUUUGAUUUUUAGUAAACAAACCUGAAAGAUAAGUGAAGGUGCUCAUCUCCAAAGCAUAGAUGCGUGGUAACUGAGGAUUUAAUAUCUAUCAAUUUCCUAAAGAUUAAUUGGUAUUAUAAGAGUAACAGGGCGGAUAGGCUGCUUACAAAUAAAUUGAAAAACAAAAAACAAAUGAGGAGGAUUCAUAAAAUUGAAGAAGGAAAAGAAACGUUAUUAAGUCCGAAAAAAAUUGGGUCAGCUUUUAAUGACUAUUAUAGUUGAUUAUAUAACUUAGAAUCAGUGGGACAACAACCCCCAUCUUCAGAGUAUUUUAAAAACAAAAAAAUGCCAAAAAUAACUAGGGAACAACUCAAUGAGAUAAAUAAACCAAUAACCCCAGAUGAAGUUAUAGUAGCUAUAAACAAGUUACAGAUAAAUAAAGCCCCUGGUCCAGAUGGUUAUUCAAAUAAAUUUUAUAAAAUAUUUAAAGAUACCCUUUCGACUCGUCUCGCUAGGAUAUUUAAUAUAAUAGUGGAAAAUUGUGUGUUUCCUAGGGAGAUGCUUCAAGCGAAUAUCGUUCCUAUUUUGAAGCCGGAUAAGGAUCCAGCAAAAUUGGUGAAUUAUCGUCCAAUAUCGCUUUUAAAUGGGGAUGUAAAGAUUUACGCCUCAAUUAUUGCAGAUAGAUUAAAAAUAUGUAUUCCGACUUUAAUACAUCAGGAUCAAGCUGGAUUUGUAUACGGCAGAGUAGCUUCAGACGGAUUAAGAAGAAUAAUUGAUGUACAUGACGCUGCGAAUAGGAAAAGAGCUCCCCUUCUGACCCUGUCAUUAGAUGCUGAGAAAGCAUUUGACAGAGUCAGAUGGGACUUUCUGGGAAACGCAUUGAAAUCAUAUGGCAUAGUAGGAACAGUUUAUGAUGCCAUUAUGGCACUAUACACAGUUCCUUCGGCUAGGACCAUUGGCCCUGGGAUAGAGGCAGAUUGGUUUACUAUUAAAAACGGAACCAGGCAAGGAUGUCCUCUUUCCCCGUUACUUUAUGUUUUAACCAUUGAGCCUCUUGCAGAAGAUAUAAGACAAAACGGAAAGAUUGAGGGGUUUUGGCUUAAUAAUCUAGAACAUAAGAUUAAUCUAUAUGCGGAUGAUGUCAUGCUUAUGAUGCAGAAUCCUAGAUCAUCAUUGCCGGAAUUGAUAAGAAUACUAGAUCAUUAUAGUGUAUUCUCAAAUUAUAAAUUAAAUAUUAACAAGACCACAAUAAUGACAACUAAUUUAUCCAGGAAAGAUAGGGAUUUUAUUAAAAUAUCCUAUGAUUUUGUCUGGGUUAAGGAAUAUAUCUCAUUCCUUGGCAUAAAAAUAACAAGAGAUAUGAAUAGAGUUAUUGAAGUUAAUUUUCUUCCUCUUAUAAAAAAUACUUGUAACGGACCGUUUUGCACACAAGGGGUAAAAACCGUUUAGGCGAUCGGCCCCCUUUCCAGAGAUGCAGGCACAGCUACUGCAGAACACCAAACUCCCGGACUGGAUACAAAAUAGCAUAACUCCCGAACUGGAACCUCCCAAAUAGCUGCUAGCAGGCGAACAGGAAAAGCAGACGAAAUCAGCUUACACACUCCUGGCAAUCAGUCCUUAGCAGCAUACAGUAAAUCCCCCCCAAAGACGAGACAAGGCUUCGUGUUGAGGGUCAAGCAGUGGUCUGAGGUGCUGGCACACCCAGCCUGGUUUUUAUUACAGUGUUUCAAAUACAGGACCACCCACAGGGAGGGUAUAAAACAACCAAUCACAUCACAGUUACAUCCCACAUAUUCCCUCCCCUUAUCCUGAGAGGAAACUCAAUUACACAUACAGUUAAAACAUACUUUCUACCCAACUUUCAUAACUCUAAAACCAUACAUCACAUUCACAUAAAAUUACAUAUUCACAAUCAAUCCAUUCAGGGGAACAACAUAUUCAAAAAUGGCACAAAUCAGACAAGGGGUUCAAAAGUUAGUAAAAGUCCUUUGUGACUAAAUGAAGCAUGGCUUUCUGGCCCAAACCAGUUUCAGAGUCUUCUAUCCUGGAGAGUAAUUCAAUUAUCUCCCAGGACAGACACAAGACUCCAUUAAGCACAUGGUUGCAAAAAGACACAAAACACUUUAAAAUACAUAAAGUCACAUUCAUUACAUAAAACACAGACAUGUAACAUAUCCCCAGAUAGCUCAGGUCUGAGCGCACAUUAUUAAGUGAAUGGCGCUCAGACCACACAAAUACAGUUUAAUCACCAUGGAGCCAAAGUCUUUACAGUCAGUUUCAUAUGAAUGGGCUCCAUGGGAUUCCUAUCUGGGGUAUAACACAUUCAACCAAAACUACCAAACCCCAGGCAGAAAAGCACGAAUGAAGCUUUUCUGCAGGUAAAAAAGAUGUCUUUUAACAGGGGACCAUAGUCCAAAGGCAGCAGGCGAGCAACCAGGCUUCUUCAAUGCAAUGUGGCGAGAUUGGUCUCGUCACAAUACUAAUAAAUUAUUAAAAGAAUGGGCAGGCAAGGAGAUUUCUUGGAUAGGCCGCAUAAAUACUAUUCGAUCAUAUAUUUUGCCUAAAUGGAACUAUCUCUUUAGAAUGAUACCUAUACAAGUUCCCAAUCCAUGGUUAAAAAUGAUACAAUCAGCCUUUUCUAAAUUUAUUUGGAAAGGUAAAAAACCAAGAAUAAGUUUACAGUUAAUAUCUAAGAAAAGAAAAGAGGGAGGUCUUGCUGCCCCAAAUAUAAUUGAAUAUCAUGACGCAUGUAUGCUGGCCCAUACUGUUAACACAUUAAGUAUAGAUCAAAAAGUUCAAUCUUGGCAUCAUAUAGAGCAAUCACUAGUAGAGACAAGCAGCCUAUCCUCCCUGUUUUGGACAACAAGGAGGCAUUUAGAAAAAAAUUAUUUGGUUCAUCCAGAAAAUUCGACAAUUAUAGAUAGUAUAUGGAGAUUCUGGUAUAAAUUUAAGAAAAAUUAUAAAAUAGAAUAUAGAUUAUUCCCUUUUCUACCUAUGGAGGUGAUUAAUAAUAAUAUUGAUGAUAUUAAUAUUAGAGGUUGGAUACAAAAAGGUAUUACGCACAUUCAACAAAUUAUAGACGCAAAGGAUCUUAAGUCAUUUAGCCAGCUACAGGUAGAAUUCGGGAUUGAAAGUAAGGAGGUUUUUACAUAUUUGAGAGUUGUUUUAUUUGACGAAAUUCUUGGAUAUUCAGCUUAAUAAAAAUAUAAGUAACAUUAAGAAGAUUAUGGAAACAUAUAGAACUAAAGGUCAUAUUUCUAGAUGUUAUGAAUUCUUAAAGCUAUCCCAGAAGGCUCCUCUUUGGAAAUCUAAGAGUAAGUGGGAAAAAGAUUUACAAAUAGUAAUCUCUGAACAAGAUAUGAUAAAUGCGAUAGAGAAAGUUAAUAAAUCGGUACACUGCUUGAACAUAGUAGAGAAUUUUUAUAAACUCCUAAAUAGAUGGCACAUGGUCCCAGAAAAAUUGGCUAAAAUGUAUCUAGAGUUCUUUUUGUUGGCGAUGUGAAGAUGCGAAAGGAGAUUAUCUCCAUAUUUGGUGGUAUUGUACAGUUUUAAGUAAAAUAUUGAAGGAGGUAUAUAAGCAGAUUUUUAACUCAUGUCAGCUAAAUAUACCCUUUACACCACAAAGUUUUUUGUUACAUCUGGGAUGGCCUUCUAUGCCCCCUGAGAAACAAAUGUUGAUAAUUCAUAUUUUAAUGGCAGUAAAGUUAGCGGUGGCUAGAAACUGGAAAAGUAAAAAAGAAAUACAGUGGAGUGAAAUCAAAAUACAGGUAAUAUAUCAAUGUAAGAUGGAAAAGGGAUUAAUUUUAGUUAACUCUGUAGGUUUGAAGAAAUACAGUAAAUGGGAAAUAAUGGUUGAUAACUUUAUUACUAACUAUUAGAACUUAUAAUUCUUAGGAUACGAGCCGCCCCGAAUGCGAGACUGACUCUCGAGGAACUUUAGUAACAAUGUACCUUAUGGGAAGGACGGGAAAAGUGGAUGUGUAGGAUUGGUUCCCCGGGAUUGUAUGUAUGUGUGAAUGUAAAGUUUUAGGUAUUUUUAUCUACCUCUUUUUGCAAUCUAUGUGAACUAUAGAUAUGAAUAUUUAUAUUCGUUGUACAAUGGAAAUGUUGUUUAUAUACGGAAACAUAUUAGAAAUGUAAAUGUUGCAAUAGAGGAAUUGAUUGUACUAUGUAAAUUGUGAAAUCUUGAAAAAAUAAAAAUAUAUAAUAAAAAAAAAAAUAUCUCAAUUUGGAACACAAUUGUAAAGGAUUUUUGGCAGAUUUGAAUUAUUUGAUUUACAUGAAGUCAGUUAUCGGGUUAAUCUAAAACUUUCCCCUUUGCACUUUAGCAGAGUCUUUCCAUGUAUCAGGACAGCCUCAUAUUGAAGAUAUGCUGGAGCUCCAUGGUGUUAAGAUGAUGACAAUAAAUCUUAUCCAUAUUCACUGUUGCAGUUUCACAUAACGAUAACCAUUGAACUGUAGCUGUAAGUGGGAGUAGAUCCCAUUGUUCGUUAACAUAUUGGAAAUAUCCUUGUACAAUAUUUUGAGACAUUUGUAAUGCUCUUAUUUGGCACAUGUUGCUUAUUAAAAAGAACUUCAAGUAUUUUAUGUUAUUCAAAAAUAUCCCGUUAAGUCUUAAUCGUAUUGGUUUCUGUUAAAUAGGUGGAUGCCAAAGUGAGGGAGUCUCUGCAUAUGAUGUUUACUAGUCAAGAAAACUUACCAGAAUCCUUCAAGCAAUGGCUUUCUGCAAAUUAUUUGAGCAAGGACGAUUUUAAUAAUGUUCUAAGGCAACUGGAACUUAGAAUUCUUAAGAACAUUACUCACCAUGUGUCAAUCACAAAGCAGGUUCCUUCCGCUGCAAUGGUGGAACAGGCAGUGACUGGAGGAAUAUCUGGCAUCACUGAAGAGGUAAGUCAGAAUAGAGAGGGAUGUUUGUUUUUUGUAUAAAGAUCUGUGUAUUAAGAUGAUUCUUUGAUAGAAUUCAACAGUUGUAUUUUGGUAAACUGUUUCAAACCUAGAUGGAAAACUUAAAAUAGUAUUCGUUUUAGUUGCCAGGCUUCCUUACCCAUAGCAGAAUGUUUGAGUAAAUUAUAUUUGAAAAUAAAGAUUGCAUAAAAAAGUAGGUUUAUUCACUUGAGUUCAGCUAAUAGCUGUUAAAAUGAAGCCUAUUAUUGUGUUAAUUCUCUGGAAACCUUGCCAGUUUGCACAUACAAUCCUUAAAUUAUGUGAUUAGAACUACACGCUGAUAAACUAAAACAGUUAAUUGAAAAUGAAACUAUUUUUUCAUGCAGGCUGUGUAAGUCUCAGCCAGUGGAGGUGUGACUAGGGCUUAAUAGACUUAAUAGAAAAGGACCCUAUGGUCACCAGAGCCACUACAUCUUAAUGUAGUGGUUUUGGUGUCUGUUGCCUGCCCUUGGCUAUAGAAAAGGCAGUGUCUACAUCUCUGCCUAGUAACACCUCUAGUAGCAGUCACUCAGUCAUUAGAAGUGCAUCCUAGUCCACGCACAGCAUGGAGAUGCUGAAUGUUUCUUAUAGAAAUGCAUUGAUACAAUGCAUUUCUCAGGAGGUGCUGACUGGCACAGAGCAGCGUCUUAGCCUGAGCAAUAGCCUCCCAAUUCUUUCUUAUGGGAAAGUAUAGGAUUGGAUAAGAUCAUAAAGUUUGAUCUCCGCCAUGGAGCAGUGAUGAGACCGGCACAGCAUGGGAAAAAAAGGUGAGUUUAAACACCUUUUUAUUGCAUGGGGGGAGGCACAUUGUGUUGGGUGAAUGAGGGGACCGUUUAUAUUUUUAAAAAAGCACAAAAUGCCACCUAUCGUUCUAGUGAUAACCAGCUGUCUGUAAAGAUUGUAAUUGUUCAUGGUCUUAAACGACCAGUAUAGUGCCAGGAAAACACUUUUUCCUUGCACUAUAGUGUCCUGAGGGUGCCCCCACUCUCAGGGUCCCACUCCUGUGGCGCUGAGGGGGAGGAAGGGUUAAUCCCUUACCUUUUUUCCAGCGCUGAGACUCUCCUCCCUCUUCCGUCACCGGCUGAAUGUGCAUGCGCGGCUAUUCAGCCAGUCUCAUAGGGAAGCAUUAUCAAUGCUUUCCUAUGGACGCUAGCGUCUUCUCACUGUGAAAAUCAGUGAGAAGCGCAGAAGUUCCUCUAGCGUCUGUCAAUGAGACAGCCACUAGAGGCUGGAUUAACUCUAAAGUAAACAUAGCAGUUUCUCUGAAACUGCUAUGUUUCCUGCAAAAAGGGUUAAACCUAGCUGGACCUGGCACCCAGACCACUUCAUUAAGCUAUAGUGGUCCUUUAAUAUGUGACCAGGUAUUGAGCAAACUUUUCUAGACCUAAACAUACAGAAGAAAAUGGGUAACUGUAGGACAUUCAGCCUUUCAUUAGGGUGUGCCUGGGCACGUCUGCCACAACCCUUGUGCACUAUGAUAGAUGUUUGUCAAGCGCUAGUCUUUACCCCUUGCACUGAGCUACUAACGGCUAUUUUUAUUGUAUAUUCACAGGAUGCACGCGUUAUUGUCAAAAACGCACUAAAACUAUAUUCUCAAGACAGAACUGGCAUGGUCGAUUAUGCUUUGGAGUCUGGAGGUAGGAACGUCUGUGUAAUGAUUACCAAUGUUGCCUGAGUUAGCUUUUAUUGCACAGAUCUAUCCAGAUGCCUUGGUCAACUUCCAAUCCUUUUGUUAUUCAGUAUGUAUUGUCCUUUGCUACUAGGACAAUAAGCAUACAAGAGAACUGCACCUGCCUAAGCUCACAUUUUCAUAAGGUGCUGCUGAAAUGAAUCCCCAUACCCCGGACACAGGAUCUUAAAGAAAUCAAGAUGUGGAUUUAAAAUUGUCAUUAGACCUAUCUAAAGUGAAACUAGUGGGUGUUAAAGGAAAAAAGAUAGUGUUAAUAAAACAAAGUUGUAUUCCUAACAGUAUAGUGCCCUCUGGUCCUGUCCCCUUGGCACAUAAUGGGUUAAACCCUUUAAUAGCUUACACAAUUUCAGCACUGAUGUCCCUCGGCGCUGGGACGCAUUCCGACAUCAUCCAAUGCUGGACCUAAUGCUCAUGUGUGGUCAGUGCCGCACAUGCAUUAGACCUUAACCGUAGAAAAGCGCUGCCUCUGUGCCUUCUUAUGGGUUUUUCUGAUGCUGAAUGUCCUCAUGCAAACUCCGGGAACCUCCAGGAAGUUGCUCCAGUGACAGUUUGGUAGACAGGCACUAGUGACAGUCUUAGUACUGCAAUGUAAACACUGUAUUUUCUCAAACAGUCGAAUAUUUUGUCUGAGCCAAUUGUACUAUAUGCAACCACUCAAACGAUCUCCAGCCUUCCACCACUUGGAAUGAAGGUUCUCUUGCUGCUCCGCCACAGUUCAGCUUCAGAAAUUCAGCGUCCGCUCAUCAAGCUGGAAAAGUAACACUUCAGAGCGCUGCUUUUAUGCAGCCCCAGACCAGAGAUCACUGAAGCGCGAACAUAAGGCUGCGGCCUAACAGCGCAGGUGGACCGGGACUAGGAUAUGGCAUAGAUUUAGGUCUCAUUGCAUCAGAGCAACGUGAGAUUGGAAAUGCUGCUAUAGGUUUGCUCCGGCAGGUCAGAUAAUCAAGCUGUGUUCCUCUCUGAGAUGUGACUGAAAGAGGCUGUGAAGAUCUGCUCGAGUUUGCUAAAUGUGUUGCUAGGGUGAGCAGAGGAGACAGUAAGGCUUGUAUGUCUCCAUCUUGUCUGCCACAUGGGCCUUCGGCACUUGGUGAUGUAGGUGUCAACUGCAAUGUCUUACAUUACAGGAUUAUUUUGGACAAGGACACUGCACCUGUGCCACUUCAAUGAGAUGAAGUGGUCUGGAUACCUACAAUGUCCCUUUAAGUAAUAUUGUACUCGGCAUCCGUAGCACAUGGUGAGUUAUAUUCUGAUUCAUCUCUAGAUGCAGGAUACAAGAAAAUAUAUGGCUUUGUCUAAAGGGAUAUAAUUCUACGAAAACCCAAUUCAAUUUUGUACAUAGGGAUUGGUUCUGGGCAGAUCUAGGUAAAGAUGGGGUGUGCAAGUCAUUGAGAAACCUGUUAAAAUUCAUUGUUAUAGGACAGGACGCGACAUGUCCCAGAUCACCAUGGCUACUAGGAUUUUUGUCCUGCCACCUGGGAUUUGUAAGCCUUUUCUGCCCCUGUGAUGACCAGCUGCCUGUGAAUGGAGGUGGGUGGUCAGCCUGCUUGCUCAAGGAGAGCAUGAGUGGGCAGGCUAGCAGCUUAGGGAGGGUUAAGGCUGGCGGCAAGGGAGCUCCCUGCUCUGCUUCCUCGCGCGCCAUCCAGUGAUGACUGGAGCCGGAAUAUGUCAUUCUGGGUGUACCUGUAGAGCCCGUCUGAGUGACUGUCGCUAGAAGUGCUACUAGGCAUUGUUUACAUUAAAAAGUGAACAGUGACUGCAGCUGUAGUGUUUCUGGUGAUUGUUUCCUUUUAAGUAUUGUAUUUUUUACAUUGAAAAACCUGGCUCCAAGAUUCAAAGCAAAUUUGCCAAGCCCUGUUGUAGGAGCAUAGUGGUGCACAAUAAUUGGAAUCCAUUGGCAGGCUGUAGUAGUCUUGAUUAAAUGGAUUUGUAACCAAUGUUAGAAAACUGCUGAACUUCCAGGCUCUGAAUAAGGAAAAACAUAAUGCACUUUGGACAGUAAUAUUUAGUAAAUGAGCAGGUAAUGUUAAAUAACAAUUUAAAUAAGAGUGUGGAAUGCAAAAAGUGAUGAUCUAAAUGAAAUGGUUGUGCAGUGAAGUAUUUUUUUCUUAAUGCUUUUUGUAGUUGCAGCUUUGUAAGGGUCUCAAAAGAAAUGGAGCCUAUAGGGUGUGCGUAAAAGUAACAUAGUCAUCCAGGUAUUCUAGAGAACACAUUCUACAUUUUUGUCCUAUUUACACAUGUUAAAGAUGAUAAAGUAAGGGAAGUCUUGUGUGUUAGACAUUUCUAUAAAUUAAAGAUUUUGUUAGACAGGUACGUAAUAUGUGCUAUAGCACAUUGGAAGCGAUAUGGGUAAAAAUUUCCAGUGUGCUUCUAGGUACCAGAAUUCAGAUAUGGAGAGAUUAACUGAAAAUGCCAUUACUCCGUCACCACUACAGUAUGCAACAGGUAGCCCAGAUGCAGGAAACCAGACUGGAUCCAUUAAGAAUAAGCAAUAAGACAUGAAAAUGUUCUUACUCUUAAAGAUGUUUUUCAGGUAGCUAUACCUGAAAAUGUGCAGUUAGAUGUAAGUUUUUAGAGUAAAAAAAAAUCUCAUCUGUGGCUUGGACACUGGUAAAAUCGGGCACACCCAUCAUCAAAGCAGUGUAAAUACUCAAGGCGUUUUGAUGCCCCAGAUAGGACGGUCUUGUAUAUGAUCAGCGAAGACAGACACAACCAGGUGAAGUCAGAAUACCCAACACUCCCCAAUAAUUAUGACCGUUACCCUAUUAGAUGUUGAAUGAGAACAUUGUUCUGCUAUUCACAAUGUACAAUUUGUCUUGUUUUUUUUUUUUUUCUAGGAGGGAGCAUAUUGGGCACGCGUUGUUCAGAGACCUAUGGAACAAAAACGGCACUAUUGAGUCUCUUCGGAAUUCCAUUGUGGUAUUUUUCGCAAUCCCCCAGAGUGGUCAUACAGGUGAGACUAAUAACCAAUAGGAAUUACACUGAGCGUUGUGAUGUCAAUUGGCAACAUUGUAGUUUUAUUUAUUAUGGGGGUGUGUCUUUUUUUUUUUUUUGGUUUACUUAAAUCUUUUUUUUUUUUUAAUGUAGUACACCAAAACCAACAAAUCUGGAAACAACUUAGGGGUAUUAGAUGUUGUUGAACCCUGUGCUGGGUGGGUUAACAUAGGAAUUGGAAUAUCAUAUGCAAGUGGUUCAAAUGUAGUAAGCAGACAUGGGUAUUAUAGAGAUCCACACUGCGACUAUAUGAAGUGCUAAUUGACCACCUUUUAAAAUGUAUUUUAUGCAUUUUUUAGUGGCUCUUAGGAACAUUGCUUUAGUUUAAAGGACCACUAUAGUGCCAGGAAAACAUACUCGUUUUCCUGGCACUAUAGUGCCCUGAGGGGGCCCCCACCCUCAGGGACCCCCUCCCGCCUGGCUCAUGGAGGGGGAAAGGGGUUAAAACUUACCUUUUUCCAGCGCUGGGCGGGGAGCUCUCUGCCUCCUCUCCUCCUCCAAUCCGCCCCGUCGGCUGAAUGCGCACGCGCGGCAAGAGCUGCGCGCGCAUUCAGCCGGUCGCAUAGGAAAGCAUUCAUAAUGCUUUCCUAUGGACGCUUUCGUGCUCUCACUGUGAUUUUCACAGUGAGAAGCACGCAAGCGCCUCUAGCGGCGGUCAAUGAGACAGCCACUAGAGGCUUUGGGGGAAGGCUUAACCCAUUGAUAAACAUAGCAGUUUCUCUGAAACUGCUAUGUUUGUAAAACAAUGGGUUAACCCUAGAAGGACCUGGCACCCAGACCACUUCAUUAAGCUGAAGUGGUCUGGGUGCCUAGAGUGGUCCUUUAAGAGAUGCAAAGAGCAGGGACAGACUGGUUAAAUGCAAAUGUACACAUUUACAUGACCUACCACAUGUCUUUAGGUUGUGUCUCUGUAUGCACUGGGCCAUUUCUUCCUAAUAGACCACUCAUUUUGCAUCUUGAACCUAAAGUACUCGAACAUAAGAACUUUAAUCACAUACAGGAGGUUCUUGCAGGGUCUAGCAAGCUAUUAACAUAUCAGGGGAUAAGAAAAUCUUAAACAGAACUUGCAAUAAAGAAAGCCUAAAUAGGGCUCUCUUUACAGGAAGUGUUUAUGGAAGGCUGUGCAAGUCACAUGCAGGGAGGUGUGACUAGGGUUCAUAAACAAAGGGAUUUAACUCCUAAAUGGCAUAGGAUUGAGCAGUGAGGCUGCAGGGGCAUGUUCUAUACACCAAAACUGCUUCAUUAAGCUAAAGUUGUUCAGGUGACUAUAGUGUCCCUUUAAGUUUCAUGACAAGCAGGUGGAAAAAUCAGAUAGUGUCUCAAUAUGAACCUGGUCAAUCAUGAACCAUCAUAUAUUUCUUGUAUUAUAAGUGCAGAUGUGACCGAGAAUUGGGUCUGUUAGAAUUUGCCUACAUCUCAUGGACUCUUAGGAAUAAAAUUGAUUGUGUGUGUAUUUUUAUAACUUUUUAUUUAAGUAAUGUUUGUGUUCCCCGUAUCUAGGCAAAGGAUAUAUGACUUUGCUUACAUAAACUUUGAUUAAAGGAGAGGUUUCCUUUUCAUUAUAGUGACAGCUUCCCUAUUUUGAGUAAAUACAACUGAAAUGUUUACUGGGGUAAGGGUGCAGCAAAAGUAGUCCAACUGUUGUGGGUGAGGUGUUCACAGUACCUGAUAAUUCUCCUGGCUCACUCCUGAACACAUGGGCAUUUACUUCUAGUGACGCCUGAGUGCAUGUGUUUUCCUGCAUUCAUUAUAUGAUCCCAUACAAACCUAUGAAUGAUCGCCACUAUAUUUUAGUUCUCUAUAUGCUGUGCAGAAAACCAGGUAAUGACAAUUCAUCUUAAAAUAUUGAAUACUGUCAUCUUUAUAUUUUCCUUUUUAGCCCGAUAUGUAUCCAGGAAACUGUUGGGCAUUUAAAGGAGCUCAAGGCUACCUUGUUGUUAGACUGUCAAUGAAGAUCUACCCAACGUCUUUCUCAUUGGAACACAUACCACGAUCACUCUCACCAACUGGCAACAUCACAAGUGCUCCUAAAGAUUUUGCUGUAUAUGUAAGUGGCAGCUUUUUAUUUUAAGCUGGUUGUUCAUUUUCUAUAAACACUUGCAAAUAAUAAACAGUACAAUAAGGGUGCGCCUAAAAUAUAUACUCAGAAUAAUAAAAUAAUAAAUAGUAAAACAAUUUUUAAUAUAUUUAAAAUAUUGUAUAAAAUAGAUAAUUAGCAGUAGUCCAAAACUUAUCAAAGUUCGUGAUGGUAGGUCCCACGUGUGAAAAAGGGAAUUCUUGAGAUGUAGAAUGGGAUCAGAUCUUCAUAGUUGUAUGCUUGGAAUUCAGUGAAGCACUUGCAAAUACUAUGCAUCCUGGAUAAAUGACACUCUAAAUAUGACAUAAAUUGAAUAUUCCAUUGCAGUGGCUUUGGUGCUACCGCUUACUGGUCUUCUGUUUCCAGCAGUGUGACCUGGGGAUUUGGAGUGCACUGUGGCAUUGGCACAAUUAAAGGAGCACUAUAGUGUUAGGAAUACAAAUAUAGUAUAGGUGACUAGGCCCCCGUACCAUGGCGGAUAAAUUAUUCAUUAACAAUUUAUUUGCUAUCCUUAAUCCAGUGCCGGGCUCUCUUGGCACUGGUGAUCUCGUCCAGCGUCCAAUAAGUGUGAUUUACUCAGUGUAAAUUGCGGAAGUUCCUCUAGUGGCGGUCAGGGAGACAGCCACUAGAGGCUGGAUUAACCCUGCAGUGUAAACAUAAAAACUAGGGGGACUUGACACCCAGACCACUUCACCUAUGGUGGUCCUUUAAGUUUGACUAUAUUUGGAUAGCUUUGAAAGGCUAUUUUGUCAAAUAUGGGUGAACUUGAUAAUGCUAACCUGGCUAAGACUGUUACAGUUGAUGAAACUUGUCAAAAGUGAUAAAAUGUUAUACUCGCUUCUACAUGAUCAACAUAAUUUUCAAACUUUUUUUGCCUUUAAGUGCCUUAAAGGGACAAAUCCAUUUUCCUGACACUGCAGGACCCUGCAGUGCCCCUCUCCCUCCCACCCCCACAUCCCAGUGUUGCUGGGUUAGGCUCCCCACACUCCUCCCCCGCCGACGUCUGCCGGCAGGGGAGACUUAACGCGCAUGAGUGGCAAUGGCUGCGCUCACUAGACCCCCCCAUAGGAAAGCAUUAUUCAAUGCUUUUCUAUGGGGAUUCUGGCGACGCUGGAAGUCCUCCUGCAUAGCGUGAGGACGUCCAGCGUCGUUUAAAACACUUUUCCUGUUUUAAGAACCUGGACGUCCCUCUAGUGGCUGUCUGAAAGACCGCCACUAUAGGAGGACUUAACCCUGGAAGGUAAUUAUUGCAGUUUAGAAAACUGCAAUAAUUACACUUGUAGUGUUAAGGGUGGUGGGGGAUGGCACCCAGACCACUCAAAUAGGCAGAAGUUGUCUGGGUGCCUGGCGUGUCCCUUUAAGUGAAUUUGUCAUGCUAUGGAGUAAGUUUUUCUACCCUUAAUACUAUAAAAAAAAGCUCAUUUUCAUUUUAUUUCCUGUACCUCUGUCUCCUACUGAGACAAUUGUGUUUUAGUGGGUAUUACACUUGCUGUGCUAUAAUAACCCUGUUUGGGAAAACAGACUUGCUUCCCAUAAAGAUUAAAUGUCCCCAACAUUAGUAGGAUUAUUCACUAAAUUCAAAGUGGAUUUUAAAUUAACUGCGAGAGCAUCCAAUUGAAUGCUUAGCUGACUUGGUGAAUUUUUCCAGCAGUGCCUUAAAGGGACACUAUAGGCACCCAGCCCCCCAAUCUGCAGGCAAAGGAGUAACCCGACCCAGUACCCAAGUACCUAAGACCUGGAAUCAGAUACGUGUAUGGCUGGGUGUAACCAGGGAUUAACCUCUGAUUUUAAAGGAAUCUAGACAUUUGCUAGUUAUUUUGCUAGCACAAUGUAUAGAUUAAAUUUGAUUCUGUCAUUUAAGAUUAAGUUGUAUUUGUCCUGACAGAACCCUUUCAAGGAACACUCCAAGCACCAUAACCACUACACUGAGCUGUAGCUGUUGCCAGGAAUACCUAGGUGUCCCGUCAGUUGUAAGUUGUUGAAACAUACUUUUAGAACAGUUUGAUUAUUUUUUUUUUUUUAACCUGUGAUCCGCCAGGCACCACUCUCUGCCUCCACUAUAUCUGACAGAGCCCUGCUUGGGAGCUUCUGUUAGUUCUUCUGAGCUAAGACCUGGGGGCACCAGAGUACUCCUGGUAUCGCAAACACUAUAUCAGACUAAUGGUUGUGGCACUUGGUGUAUUCCUUUAACUAUAUGCUUUUAUAACACAGGUAAAACGCAAAUAAAGCCAGAUGCUCUUUUACUAAUUUUUUGUUUUUCUUUUGUUGGAUAAGAUGCUGAUCUUGGAUUUAACGUUUUUUUUUUUUUGUUGUGUUUCUGGCAAAGCACUGUGCACAACUAUAUUUUCACUUGACAUUGAUCUUUGUGUCUUGUCAUUUAAUUUCACAGGGCUUAGAAGAUGAGUAUCAGGAAAAUGGCACUCUCUUGGUCCAUUCAAUGUAUGAUCAAGAAGGAGAACCACUGCAAAUGUUCAAAUUGACGGUAAAUGUAUUUUCCUAUUGUCACAAAGCAAUAUGCUUUAAUGUAACCAAACCUGGCGCACAUUACGUAUGUAAUUACACAUACUUUAGGCUUUAGUGUGCUCAGAUUUUAAAGUAGAGCAGGGAAUUGGUUACAUUGUUGUUUGACAGUCUGUAGUGAAUUGAGUGCAGAUUAUCCUUUAACAGCAUCAAUCUUCAUGGAUUUACUAACCAUUGAAAGAGCAGGUAAUCAUUCUGUAAAGGGUGAUUGUAUUUAGAUCGAUUCAGCAUCUUACUAGAAUAUCUAUCUUUAAAUACACAAGAGUUGGAACCACAGAUUAUAUAUUUUUUCGGGGGUAGAUUAUCUGCUGAUCUGUUUUGUUUGUGUGGAUCUGCAUAUUGUUUUGAUACGUCUGAUCAGGUAUGUGAAAUUCUAGGCUUGAAUAUCAGGCAAACAGAACUCAGACCUGCUCAUUCAUAAACGAGUUUCGGUUUCUGUCUGUGAUUUGUGCUCAAGCAGGGAAACACACCUCCCUCCUCUGUCAAGCCUUACACUGUCUUCCUGUAUCCUAUAGUACUCAAUUCAAAAUACUAACCCUUACCUACAAAGCUUUAAACAACUCUACCUCUCGCUACUUUUCUUUACUAACUGGUAAGUACGCUGCUCUGGUGACCUUCUCCUGCUAUCUGCUCGCACCCUUACUGCUAACUCAUGCUUGCAGAACUACUUACGGGUGGCUCCAUUCCUUUGGAACAGCCUGCUUACUUCCUUCAGAAUUUUUUCCUAGCCUUCCAUUAUUUAAGAAGUCCCCCCAAACAUCACCUCUUGUGACCUCCCAAAGUAACUUUUAUUUUACAAACAUGUUUCUUGCUCUCUUAAAGGGCCACAUUCCACUGUCACCUUCAUUCCACUUCUGCUAUUUUCACACCCUAUUGCUUCGUUGCUAUCUCCAUGCUGCCCUUUUUAUUGCAUUUUUAACACUCUACAAUCUCUAGACUGUAAGCCUGUUUGAGCAAGGUCCCCAUCAAUCUAUUGUUCCUGUAACAUUCUGUAAUUGCCUUAUUGUUAAAUUUCCCCCUUUUAUAAUGUAAAGCACUGCGGAAUAGGUUGGCGCUAUAUAAAUACGAAUAGGUGUUUGCAGCCACUAAGGUUUCUAUUUGUUUACAUUUCUGUGAAUGCUAUUUUUCGAUAUACUCCUACUAAAAACAUCUACCCUCAAACUCGCUUUAUGCGUGGGACUCUGUUCUGAAGCUAAAUAUACAGCUGCUAAUUUGCUGUGAGCCAGCUACACCCAGUAGCUCUCAGUGCAUUCUGAUGUAACUUGGUAGAAACAUCAGAUCUCUCGAGAAUCAUUCUGAAACCUGGAAUCAUGAUGCUCUGCUGUAAAUGUUGGCACUCAAUGAGCAUUUUUGUUAUUUUAAUGUGACAUUGUUUAUGGACACUGGAGUAUGGUUUCUGCUUUUGAAAAUAUAUACAGCUGGUCUGCCACAAUGCCUCUAAUUUGCAACUAAACUAUAUGCUGGAGUUGGUUAUUAAUAAAAUAGUGCAGUGUUAACGACUGUCAUUUUUCAUCUUUGAAGCUAAUAACAUGAAAGCUACAUCAUAUUGGGUCCUACUGGUUACAGGAGGAAGAAAAUGGGUGCAGUCAUUCAGUGGCACCUUGUAAAACUUUUUUUGGAGCACUGGAUACGGUUGUAUUUUUGUUUCUAUGUUAUUUGAUAUGUGGUAUGCUCACAUGUCAAUAUACGCAUGGUAACUGCUAUAGCUCGUUAAAGAGGCUACAGUUUCUGGAGUCCCCUGACGCCAUCGUUCCAUUCUAUUACUUUUUUUUAAUGUUUCAAUGUGGUGCCAGAGUUCCCAGCGCCUCAUCCCUCCUGUGCUGCUCUAGCUAAUGAAGCAUUAGCCCAAUCCAUAAUGGGUGGCUGUGAUUGGUUUCAGCCUAUCAAAGUGCCCAUUCAAGUGUAGAUCAGUUUGGCCCACACAGCCAGUGAGGACAUGGCUAUAGGAAGCAAGGGACCCUAUCUGGUGUUGUAUGAUUGAAACUGAUUUAACUCCUUAAGGACUGAGCCAAAUGUACACGUUUUGAUCAAAAUAAAACUUAAACAAAACUUGCAGUCUGUCUGUUCAACUGUAAUUCACCUUUUUCAUUUUAAGUGAACCCACACUUGUUGUUUAUCAUUUUAUUCAGGAGAAAUAGGGCUUUCAGUUAACAUCAAAUAUUUAGCUAUGAAACAUAAUUGAAUAUGAAUAAAAUAUAUAAAAAUGUGAAAUUAAGAAUUUAUUUUUUUUGUUCUGCAUGACAUUUUAAAGGGGCACAGUUAUGACGAGCUUACCUUUCUUUAAUCAAUUACUCUUCUCAACCUCUGUCAGGAUCUGUUCUUCAUUUCUUCCUAUCUGCUCUAGUUUUCUUUAAAAAAAAAUGAAGACAAAGUAGGGACUAUGUUUUAUGGAGGUUUCAUACACCUGACCAGCGGAGGAGCAAAGUGUGCUUCAUUUCCGGUGAUCAAAGCAAUUUUCCCACAAUUCUCUCCACCCAUGAGCGGCAGGUGGGGGCCCUAAAUGAAAAUGGGGAGGGGUGUACCUAUGAGCCCUCCAACGCCCUGCAAUUGGGCUCAGAGGGCUCUGGUUGGUUUAAGCCAACCAGAGUUCUGACAGGUAAAUGAAGAGACUGACCGGUAAGUUUCUAAAUGUACCUGUCACUGCACUAUGAUUGGCUCAGCUUGAAAUCCAACCAGAGUGCUCUGUCAUUUUACACAGCGUGUGAAAGUUGUUUGGAAUUUUCCCAUGCUGUGUAAAUUGACUCAUAACUCUCUGGUUGUCUGAUAGCAACCAAUCAGUGUUAUGAGGCAAAUUACACAGCAUGGGAAAAUUUCAAAGAACUUUCCCACGCUGUGUAAAAUGACACUCUGAUUGGGUAGCUUGACAUCCAUCCAAUUAGAGUGCUUUGUGUCAUUGUACACAGCGUGGGAAACUUCUUUGGAAUUUUCCCACGCUGUGUAAAAUGACAGAGCACUCCUGACUGGUUAGAUUCCAAGCCCACUGAUCAGAGUGUUAUGAGUCAAAUUACACAGCGUGGAUUUCAAGCCACCCAAUCAGAGUGCUGUCAUUUUACACAGCGUGGGAAAGUUCUUUGGAAUUUUCCCAUGCUGUGUAAUUUGCCUCUUAACACUGAUUGGUUGCUAUCAGACAACCAGAGAGUUAUGAGUCAAUUUACACAGCAUGGGAAAAUUCCAAACAACUUUCCCAUGCUGUGUAAAAUGACAAAGAGCACUCUGGUUGGAUUUCAAGCUGAACCAAUCAUAGUGCAGUGACUGGUACAUUUAGAGACUUAUGGAAUGUGUAAGAAAAAGGAUACAGCUGUAAACCUAAAAUAAAUGAACAAACAAAAUAAGUGUAGUAUCCUCUAAAACAAUAUGACACGCCAAUAUAAUACUCACAGGAUAUCAGGAUAAUCGCCUGUAGGGUGCUUCCCCCGGUAGCAGUGGGGGAUUCAGAGUGAUCUUCCUCUUCUUUCCUUUUAGCGUUCUUCAGAUAGAUAUAUAAACGGAGCAGGAAUCAGGAAGGUGGUAAAAAAGCUAUUUUAUUGCCAAUAAGUUAAAAGGUAUAAAACACAAGAAUAAGUCCUACACGUUUCGUUCCCUUAUUGGAACUUCCUCAGGGACUUAGUAAUUACAGAAUGCAGUAUACCAAUAUAAUCUGCCUAAAGUACCUCCCCCAACAUACACCUUAUACAGGUGUAUUCCUUGGCUGUUGAUUGGUGGCUCCAUGAGUGUUCUUCUGAUGUGGUUGGUGAUUGCCGUUGUGAAACUCUCAGCUGUUUUGGAUUCUUUUUUUCCCACGUUGGUGUUCUGGGUUCGUGACAUACGCCUUAACGCAUGCGUGUACGUUGUGUAUUAGUGUUUUUGAGAAGAGCAAAAAGCUUGUCAGCAAUCAUCUUACAUAUUGGCAUAUAGCAAAGCAUAUUCUUUGUAUAUCAAUUUUGUAUAACCAAUAAUAGGUUGUUUAAAAUGUAUUCAACAAAUUACUCUUAUACAUUUGAGUUAUUUCAUACUGAGGAUACUAUUCUUAUACAAGUAUAAUUUAAAGUACCAUAUUAUUAAAGACAAAAACAUAUAUAAAUACAAAUUCCAUAUAUACAUACGAAUAUUUCAUGACCCUGCUUAAUGUCUGUCCUCAGGCAAUUGUUUUCUCUCUCUACCCCCCCCAGACACUAAGAAAGAACAAUAGAUGUUCACAUGAAACACACAAGAUCAAUAUCUAAAUUUAAUCCAUUCAGCUCCAGGGUUUGCAUCCUGUAGAUCCAAUAAGUCUCCCGUUGGGAUAAUUUUUUGAUAGUAUCCUCUGCAGUAAGGGAGAACCUGUUCUAUGCCUUUGCAUUUGAAAUCUCUAAAAGUAAAAUCAGGACAGGAAUUGCAAUGUACCGGAACCGAAAUGGGUUUUCAAACCUCUUUUUAUAUUAUUUAUGUGUUCCAUAAUUCUUACCUUGAGAGUUCUCUUCAUUUACCUGUCAGAGCACUCUGGUUGGCUUAAACCAACCAAUCAGAGCGCUCUAAACUAAAUUGCAGGGGGUGGGAAGGCUUUACAAGAUGGUGUUUUGACAGGUGUUUUGCUUUCUAAACAAGCCUUAAAUCGCAUAUCUCUGAAAUCAUUUUAAUUAGGAUCGCAAAACUUUUUUCCAAAUUUAAAGGACCACUAUAGUGCCAGGAAAAAGUGCCUGGCACUAUAGGGUCUUUAGGUUCCCCCACACUUGGGGUCCCACUCCUGCUGGGCUAAAGGGGUUAAACACUUACCUCUCUGUGCUCCCCCGGCAAGAGCUGCGCACACAUUCAAACAGCCCAUAGGAAAGCUUUUCUCAAUGCUUUCCUAUAAACGUCCAUUGUCUUCCCACUGUGAUUUUCACAGUGAGAAGCAUGGAAGCGCCUCUAGUGGCUGUCAGGGAGACAGCCACUAGAGGCUGGAUUAACCCUAGUGUAAACAUAGCAAUUUCUCUGAAACUGCUGUUUACAGCUGCAGGGUUAACACUGGUUGGAUCUGGCACCCAGACAACUUCAUUGAGCUGAAGUGGUCUGGGUGCCUAUAGUGGUCCUUUUAAUUUUUCUGAUUUAAAGGGACACUCUAAGCAUGAAAACUAACCAAAGCUCAGCCUUCUUCACUGUAAGGUGUGAAAUAGACAUUUGUAGACUUUUUACGUUGUACAUGAUUUCACCAUUUAAAUGCAUCUGCAUUUUUCCAUCAUGCAGGAAGAAAAUGAGAAAUCCUUUCAGAUUGUGGAACUGCGGAUAUACUCCAACUGGGGCCAUACAGAUUAUACAUGUCUUUAUCGCUUCAGGGCUCACGGAACACCUGUUAAAUAGAAACACAGGUGGACUUCAAAUGUACUUUGUAUUUUUAUUUUUUUAUGUAAAUACUACAAACCUGGAACACUGGAAUUAAUCUGGAACAUGGAUUGGAGCCGUGUAUGCUGUUAUAUGAAUCUUUCACCCUCAAAAGAAGGAUCUAGUUUGCAAAAAGAAACACUAAAAUUUUUGAUAUGCACUUGUCGCUAUGCUUGACCAUUUAUCCCCAAGCUAAAGAAAAUGCUGCAUGCAGAUCUCUCAGGAUUCAAAUGCCAAUUCGCAGGAAGAAUGCUGCAAAAAGCACCUCUGUAGAUAGCACCUUGAAGGCCAAGUGUAUGUUGCUCCUUGCUAUGGUAUUAUCCUGGGGGUUAUGCUAUACAGCGGAAUGUCAGAGAAUAUUAAUUUUGAUGUAGGUUAGAUUUCACCCACUAGGAUAACAGUUCUGCGUUGGGUAUUAAGAGCAAAAUACGGGCAAUGGUUCAUUACAAAGUGUAUGUUCCCUUACAUUUUUAAUUUUUUUGUACGUAAAAUGCUGCUUCCUUUAUGGAUAACAAUAGUUGUGAAGAUAUUAUGCACCACCUAGCCCCUAGAUGCUUUCCUCAAACUGUGCCUCAUUGCACAUAUCUGUUAGUGCUUUUACUGCACAAUACUGCCAUGACUUUGGUCUGUAGGCUGAGUCCAUGAUACCAGGCAAAUGGUUUAGCCAAAAUGUCUUAUACUAUAGUGCCCUCAGUUUCUUUGCUAAAGCGAUAUAUUUUCCAUCUGAACAAAUAUUAAAAUUCCUGCCAAAACUAAUAUAGAAAAACCAGGGGAUUUAAUGGGGAGAAAACUGCUAGUCUUUUAGUGACUGAAGCAUUGCUUGAGACUUUGGCAUUUUUAACAAAGCUGCUUUAGAACCCCCUUCCCUUUGAAAGAGAGUAUGGACAAUGCAGUAAAAAAAAAUAACCAAAGUUUAAUGUGUUCUCAAAUUGUGAAAGGCUUUAUUUCUACACUACAAAGGCCGUGGGGUCCCAAAUGCUGUUUUUUGGAGUAAAGCACUUGCAACUUCAUACCAGAGUUAGCAAACUCAGCUUGUAGAUUUACAGCAGAAAAUGUUCCGUAAAAGUUACCAAGCAAAAAUAUGAUAAAUUAGCCAAUGUCAAGUUCGUAAGAUGGUCUUAUUUGUAGCAAGUGUUACGUUUACUUACCACGGUACAUUAUCAGAACACGAACGCAUGCUACAAAUCCACUCAUUUUAACAGUACAGCCGCCAAUGGAUUUUUUUUUUUUUUGUCUUAAGUUCAAUUCCAUUAAAAUAGGUAUUUUGUCUUUUCUAUAGCUGAUUUUUUUUUUUUUUAAAUGUAACAAAAUAUUUUAAGUUAUUGUGAGAGCUAGCCAAAACCAGACUCCAUAUAUUUUUAUGUAUAUUUAUAAAAUAAAUGAUUAGAGCACAGAGCCCCACUAGACCCUCUACCCCGAUGGUCUGACUACAAAAUAUUUAAUGCGUUUCUCCCAAAUGGCCAAAGAUGGUCUGCUGGCAGGAUUAUUUAUAUUGCACAACAGUCCACAUACAUAAAUGUAACAUGCCAUUAAUUGGUGUUGAGAUGUACAGAAAUUGAUUAAAAGUCAAACAUUCUAUGUAAAUCUAAAUUGGGAUGGGAUAAGGGAUAUUCAUUGCUUUCCAAAACACUAAUUUAUUUUUUAAGAUUAAAAAUAGGACUUUGUGCAUUGUAUUUUUGUAAAGGCUUUUCAAGUUUGUUUUUCAGUGAGUAUUAUUUGCUUGCUCUAUAUUGAAAAAAUUAUUGAACUGUUUUAAAUAAAGUUUAAUUUUUGAGUGCAUGUAAUAUUUGAAAAGGUGAUGGACAGUAUAUUUAUUUUCUGUAUUUCGUCUCCAAAUAUACAAAACAAACAUCCAAGCCCUUGAAAUACUGAGACUAGUGGUUCUCUUGGUCAGGAAAUGUCUCCAUGCCAAUUUAUCCCUAUUUGUGCUAUAUAUCAGGUCUCCAUUAUAUUUGAAUCUUUUAAAAUGAUAAAAACCCAGCCUCCUGUAUCAAAUUAACACUUUCCCAUUCUACACAGAGUGGGUUUAAAUGCCCCUGCUCACAUCAGGGAGUCCCAGGUAUCAAGGUAUACUUAGGGCUGACCUCUGUCAACUGGGGCCCAUCUUUUGUGAUGCCAGACUUUUUGAUGCGCUGAGAGCAGCACUUUAAGUGUUUAAAUGCCUACGAAGAGAUUGUAACGUGAACCGUUAAUACUGUUUUAGAAUUAGGGAUAGUAUAGGGUUAAGGGGAAGAUUAGGGGAAGUACACAUUUACAAGUAAGCAUUGGGAAAGGGGUCUGAUUAGUGUUGCCUACCAAAAAUUAAGGGCCUGGACAUGUGGCAUUUAACAAUUGGGACUGAUAUGAAUCUAUUUUGAGUUCUUUUAAAGGACCGCUAUAGUCACCUACACUUUAGCUCAAUUAAGCAGUUUUAGUGUAUAGAUAAUGCUUCUUAGGUUUCAUUGCCAUUUAGAAGUUAAAUCACUUUGUUAAGGUUUAUGCAGCCCAUGUCACACCUCCCCUGACUGACAGCCUGCAUGAAAAAAAACUGUUUUUUUUAUUUUUCAAUCAGAUGUAAAUUACCUUAAAGGAACACUAGUCACCUGAGCAACUUUAGUUUUGGUGUAUAGAACAUACCCCUGCAGCCUCACUGCUCAACCCUCUGCCAUUUAGGAGUUAAAUCCCUUUGUUUAUGAACCCUAGUCACACCUCCCUGCAUGUGAUUUGCACAGCCUUCCAUAAACACUUCCUGUAAAUAGAGCCCUAUUUAGGCUUUCUUUAUUGCAAGUUCUGUUUAAUUAAGAUUUUCUUAUCCCCUGCUAUGUUAAUAGCUUGCUAGACCUGCAAGAGCUUCCUGUAUGUGAUUAAAGUUCAAUUUAGAGAUUGAGAUACAAUUAUUUAACCCCUAAAGGACCAAACUUCUUGAAUAAAAGAGAAUCAUGACAUGUCACACGUUGUCCUUAAGGGGUUAAGAUAAAUUAUAUCUGUUUGAAAGUGAAACCAGUUUUUUUUUUUUCCGUGCAGGCUCUGUCAAUCAUAACCAGGGGAGGUGUGGCUAGGGCUGCAUAAACAAAGUGAUUUAACUCCUAAAUGACAGUGAAUUGAGCAGUGAAAUUGCAGGGGAAUGAUCUAUACACUAAAACUGCUUUAUUUAGCUAAAGUAAUUUAGGUGACUAUAGUGUUCCUUUAACCCCUUAAGGACACAUCAUGAUUCCCUUUUACUCCAGAAGUUUGGUCCUUCAAGGACCACUAUAGUGCCAGCUCUUGGGAGAGGAAAGGGGUUAAAACUUACCUUUUUCCAGCACUGGGCGGGGAGCUCUUCUCCUCCGAUCCUCCUCUCCUCCCAUUCGGCUGAAUACACACACACGCGGCAAGAGCUGCGCGCAUUCAGCCGGUCUCAUAGGAAAGCAUUUACAAUGCUUUCCUAUGGACGCUUGCGUGUUCUCACUGUGAUUUUUCAGUGAGAAUCACGCAAACGCCUCUAGCGGCUGUCAAUGAAACAGCCACUAGAGGCUUUAGAGGCUGGAAUUAACCUAUUUAUAAACAUCUGAAACUGCUAUGUUUAUUUAAAAAAAAUGGGUUAACCCUAGCUGGACCAGGCACCCAGACCACUUCAUUAAGCUGAAGUGGUCUGGGUGCCUAGAGUGGUUCUUUAAGGGGUUAAACAAUCUCUCUGUAAAUUGAACUUUAAUCACAUACAGGAGGCUCUUGCACGGUCUAGCAAGCUAUUAGCAAGGGAUAAGAAAAUCUAAAUUAAACAGAACUUGCAAAAAAGGAUAAACAUUAGAUGACUUUACAGGAAGUGUUUAGGAAGGCUGUGCUAGUCACAAGCAGGGAGGUUCAUAAACAGGGAUUUAACUCCUAAUUUGCAGAGAAUUGAGCAGUGACAUUGCAGGGAAAUGAUCUAUACACCAAAACUGCUUCAUUAAGCUAAAGUUGUUUGGGUGACUAUAGUGUCCCUUUAAUUUAGUUGCACUGGAUGUGUAAAACUAUAAGCAAAAAAUGGAGGGAAUAAAUAUUUUAUCCACUUGUAAUGUUUGGACCCUGUAUGUGUGUACCUAUCUACUUCUCUGUCCUAACACACAAAAUAAUUGGGGCCUCUGGUUAAAGUCCUGUACAUAGACAACUUUAUUCAAUAAACUCUGAAUUUCCACAAAAAUAAGCUGAUCUGGAAAAAAAAUCUCAAACUCUGUUUUAGUAAAUGCUUUUUGCUGGUUUUUUGUUUAGCGAAUAAUCCUGCAUGUCUCUGAAUCUGCCUGCCCCAUAGUCUUUUCCUUGGUAGUGGAAGCAGAGGGUUAUGAUGGCUGUGGUGUGGAUGCUUUCUGUCCAUGCACCCCUUGUCUGUCAUACCAUUCUCUCAGAUCCCUCGGGGUUCUAAAUAUGUUCCCGCCCCCUGCUUGUUUCUAAGUUCAUAGCAUUAUGAAGGCAACCUCCUGUUAUUCUAACACCCAACUCCACCCAAUCCUAUGAUUGAUCUGGCAGAAUUCUGGACAAACCCACUCAUUCUCCAUCAGGAAUCUACAUAUAAAUUUACACGCUCAGUCCUUUUCUCCAGGCUGCCAUGCUGCUUUCCCAGGGCAGUGCUAAAAGCUCAUGUCCAGCACACAACUGCAUGUUCCAGGUGUUUGGCGAUAGGAAAUUAAAUAAAAGCUCUGUCCUUUUUAAAUAAAAAAUAUAUAUAUAUUUAUCUACUUGUAAACAUAUAUAAUUUUAUUUGUAUGGAGGUACUUGAAGAAAAUCACUUACUGUAUAGUGGAAGAAACCUUUAGCUCAAAUUCAAGGUUUUAUUUUAGAACUUGGACAGUGCCCUCUGUCCUCAAGCAGUAAACAUGGAAUGGGUUGUUUUUAGAUGUAUUUGGACAUUUAAUAGAAUAAAAUGAAUAAAG